GCUCCGCACUCCACGCAUUACCGUCGCGGUACGCUCGUCGUUCGGUCCGUCGGUUAGUUCAGUCAGCUUGGCCGUCGCGUCAGCACGUCGUCGUCGCGGUCUGCGUUUUCGCUCUCCCGGCUUUCCGUAAUAUUAUUCGACCGGCAUACCGAAUUAUUCGUCUCGUCUCUCGCGCGUUUCGAAUCGGAUUCUCUACGCGUUGCGUACAACGGAACGAAAAAACAUCAAAACAAUUUUCGUUUUUUUUUCUCGUCGUGUGUUUAAAUUGUUGUUAAUUUUUUUUUUUUUUCCGAACGGACGCUGAGAUAUUAUAAUUUAUUUUCUCCCCGGCAAUUUUCCGGUCAUUAUUAUUUUCGAUCGGUGUGCGUGUGCGCGGCAGCAAAAUUAUAUUUUCGCCUUCCGAGACGGACGAAAAUCCGAAGCUCCUGUACAACAAACACGCGCGAAUAAGGUAAGAAAAAAACGAAAUAUUUUAAAAUGUUUACUUUUUUUUUUUCUUAUUUUCGUACGCGUCGUACCGGCUGCAAAAAAAUAUAAUAUCAUUUGAAUUAAAAUCGUUACAAUCGUUUGUCAUCGGAUAAAUGUCGGAGCUUAUGGACUUUGAAUAUUAGUUUUAAGUAGAAAAAAAAAAUUUAAUCUAUUCGUAUAUACGAACAUUUCGCGAAAAAAAAAAUCGAAAAUAUUGCGCGUCGCGUUAAAUAUUUUAUAACUGUGUGCGUCCGCGAUAUUCUCGUGAAAUAUUGAAAAUAAAAAAAAAAUUAUAAUAAUUAAACAAGACAUUUUUCUAUUUUAUACGCGGAAAAAAUCGUAGGUUUAAAAAAAAAAAAAAACUAAUAAUCAUAAUUAUAAUAUACAGUUUGACGAUAUCGAACACGAGACGACGACGACGUACGCGAAAAUAUUAAAUCAAAUCGAUUCGGUCACCGAAAAUAUUUUUUUAAAAAUUGAUCCCGGGUUGUUUCGCGGAAGAAAAAUAAUUGAUGUGUGUGUGUGUGUGUGUGUGUCUUUUUUUUCAUUAAAAAUCGCAUUCCCAGUAACAUAAUAUUGUAAGUAACAGUACCAUAGAAGUAAGUCGCGACUGUUGUAAUACACCGCGUUUUUAUUUUUAUAUUGAUGUAUUUUUUAUUCGAUAAAAAAAUAAUAAGAACCACAUAUAUAAUAUUAUAUAAAAGCGAAUAAUAAUAAUAAUAAAAAAAGAAUGUUGCAUCGGUACUGCCGCAUCGGUAUUUUCCUUCGUAUUUUGCAUUUGUGUGUGCGUGCGCGCGUAUAAUUUAAGAAACGUAGUAAAAAAUUAUGAGUGUUUUUUAGGUACUUAUAUUUUUUUUUAAAUUUCCAUUCCGUACACGGGAACGAUUAUUUUUCAAAAGUGAAACGCGAAAUAUUCACGUUAAAUCGGAGUAUAAUAAUCGUCAUUUUCGUAAUUAUAUUAUUACUACCAAAAACGAAAUUACGCGAAAAAAUCAUUUAUCGAAGUUUGUUUAAUUUUUUUUUUUUCGUUUACCUUUAAAAUUCAAACGUAAAAAUCAAAAAACCGGCGAUUUAUUAUUGCGCGUUUUGGAAGCGAAGGGGAGUUAGUUCCUCGUUGAAAUUAGGCGUAUCGAAAAGCAAACGCCGGUAUGCGUAUUCGCAUUUUUUUUUCCCUAGACAACUUCCGAGUCCGCCCAGCCGAAAUUUUCUAAUGACGGCCGCCAAAAGUCGCGUUAUAUAUUAAAAAAAUGAAUUUCUCCGCCGCGGUUUUAUGCCAUGAGGCUUGAGCCCCCUCCGUUACGUAUACUCGGCGUUCUUAUAUUGUAUAUAUUGUAUUCGAGGGGCUGACACCGCGACUAACGCUAAUCCCGAUUCUCGUCAGUUAAUAUGAUAUACACAGGGUACCUAUUGUUAUUAUGUCUUCGGUCCCGGGGAGAAAACGCGGGCCGUUCUGUCAAAUAUCGUUUUCGGCACGAGUGAAUUGUGAUUUUCGAAAAUUUCAGAUUACUCGGCGACGGUUUCCGUCACGUGGGCGUUUUGUAAACGACUCGAGAAUGACAUUAUAAUAACAUUACAAUAACGUAGCGCAGCUUUUUUCAUCGGAAAAAAUAAUAAAUAACGCGUCGUAUUUUAAUUUUCGGUAAAACGUCGCGCGCGCGUCAGAACGCUUUUGGUCCGUUUAAGACGGCGACGGUCGAAGUAAACGAAUUGCGCGUAGAAGACGCGAAAUUAAAAAAAAAAAAAAAAAAAAAAUUUGUCGAAAAUCGAAGUGUCCUUCCCCCCCCCCCCCCCCCCCCGGCAAUCGAAUAACGACAUCCGAAUAGAGCGUAAAGUUUUCAGCGUCGAAAUAAAACAGCCCCGAGAUACGAUUUUAAUAAGCGGCUCGACUCUCGGUUCUCGCGAGUAUAGUUUUUUCUUUAGAGCGUUCGAACGGCACGGGUUUUUUUUCGCUAGAUUCAUAGAGAAAGAUAAAUUUUACUCGAUAAAAAAAAAAACCUCAAAUCGAUCGACAUCACUAUAAUCCUAAUCCUUAGAUUGUAUUAACAAUCGUCGACGGCCGUGGCGGUGUCUAAAAUCUUAUAACCGCUAUCGAUAAAUACUAAAUCGUUUUAUUAUUCCGUUUCUAUACUAUUGGCAGGUAUCGUUUACGACGUUACGGUUUCGUUUUUUUUAUCAAACAAUCAUUUUCAGUACAUUUAACGGUGUACAUCGUGUCGUAAGCGGGAUUUCGACGCACUUUACGUUUUUCCGUUAAAGUUUGCCGCGGUGGCGAAUUCGUUAUUUUCGAACGAGAAUAGGAAAGUUUUUUUUUUUUUUUUUGACAUAUUAAUCAGUAUGAUAUCGUGCGAGUAUUUCCCGAAAAAUUCCAACGUCUAUCGUCGAGUUUCGCUCGGUAUUUCAUCAACCCGGACGGUUUCGGACGGCCGACACGAAAAUAUAUCGUUAAAAGCUAUUAAAUAGCGUCACAAACAUACGCAUAUACAACAGUGAAACUGUCGAGAUUUUUAAACGGGGUAGAGGUGACUAAAAAAAAAAAAAAAAAAACAUAACCGGACGAAAAAACCGUUUCGCUAAAUACACGCGCGCGAUUAUAAUUUUGUUAUGACGUAUUUUUAUGCUCGGCCGAAUACUGCAACAAAAGUGCGACGGUUGCACCUGUGUUAUUUUGUCCGUAAAGUCAUUUUUACGGCGCGCGGUGUUAUUUAACGGGACCAAUGGUGGGAGGGGGUGAAGAGAUGGAGGCUCCUUAGCGCCCUCCCGUUCGCCCGAAUAUACGCCUUCUGUUGUGCACGCACGAUUUCCGGCGAGUAUUAUUAUAUUAUUAAUAUCACGGCUAUAUAUUUUUUUAUGGAUUGCAGUACCGAAUAAUAAUAAUUGUUAUUCGUGUUAAUAUUUACUGUUGAACUUUGAAUUCGAUUCGCUGAACAAUCGCCGUUUUCGAUUUGCGGCCUUAUUGCAUUAGUGCCGAAUAGUUUUCUCGGUAUAUUUCAAACAAAUUGGACAUUUCCCGUUGAUUUAUACUCGUGACAGACGAGGGGGAAAACGCGACCGAAAAUUUCGCCAAAUAUCUCGCGCCGAAACGCCGAGCGCGGCGUUAUUAUCUCGAACGUUGUUUGCCAGCGAAUAGAAUAUACGUACUGUGAUAGCGUUAAAAAAAAAAAAUAUUAAAAUGCGCGCGCGAAACGAUUGAUGUGUACUUCGUACGUUUCGUAUGGUUUUUUUUUUUUUUUUUUUAUUCAAUCUGCGAAUCUGAUCCGCGGGCGUCGUCGUCGUAAUAAACGCACGUCGAAAAGUUUUGAUUAGACAGCCGCGCGGGAUCGCACGUUCGGCGUACGAGGUUUUUUUUUUAUAAUCAAUUAAAAAAAAAAAAAGGAAAAAAAAAGAUCGAAAACACCCAUAUUGUUGUUUAUUAUCGGAUCGACGUCACGUCGUAUAAUAUCUGCUGCAGUGUACGGCCUAUAACUCCGACGGGAGUAUUCUGGCUUUUUUCUAUUUUUUUUUUUUUUUUUUUGUCCUCUCAUUGUUCUCGCUCGCGCGCGCACGCGCUCACACACAUUGUGCUCGCAUUAUUACCCGCGAUUGCACCGAGAAUAUACGAAAAAAAAAAAACAAUACAUCUACGAUAAUAACAAUAAUAAUAAUACGGUUUACGUAAUUUUUUUUUGUUUCCAUUACAUUAUUAUCGUCGAAACUUUCCUCCGCCGACGUCUCGGCGGUUUACGUUUCUCGGGCGAAACGACGAAAAAAAAAAAAAAAACAAAUACAAAUUCCGUACGACUAUAAAAUAAUUCGCUGUACGUUUCUUAAAUAACAUACUCUAUGGUUUGCGUUUUUUAAUUAAAUAUUACAGUGUCGAUUUUCAUACCGAACCGGAUUAUCGAGUUUUUUAUUUUUUUAUUUUUUUUUUUUUUACCUAUCAUCGGUGAAAAGUAAAGAAAAAUCGCCGGUCGGAUCCCGGGAGUAUUAUUCGAACGGGCCGCGGUCGACGUGGACGCGGUUUUCCCACGUUAUCGUCGAUUUUCCCGAAAAAUUCCGAUUUUUACGUUUUGACGAUUUACCAAAUGUUUCUCCGCCGAUCUAUGGUCCGGUUAAGGUGUACAGCUGUUUUUACGAUUAUUGGCGAAUAUUUCGGUAGCGUUGACGACUACUGUGGAACGUCGAAUUCCCGAGUAACCUAUAGUGACGACAUUUGUCGACAAAUACGUACACGCGUCCUAAAAAAAAAAAAAAAUCAGCAAUUAACAAUUAUAGCGAUUGCCGACCGUGACCCUGUUUUUUUUCACCCCCGACACCGUCUUUUUAUUUCGGCGACAGCUUACAAUUGCGUCGGUACAAAAAAGUGAACUCGGACAUUCCGAACCGAGACUGGGAGCCCGGGAGUCCGUAAUGAUUCGCGACCGCUUCCAAAACGUAUCUUUUCAUCCGCGGGUUUCGGGGAGAAACUCUGUUUACGCCCCCGCGUCGACACUCGCGCGCGGGUCAACACUUUUUACGCGUUCUCCGAGAGCCUCUCCGAAUGUGCUGUGCACGAGACGAGAUCUCUCCGUUCGUUUGCAACGGCGGCGCGAGAAAACAAUUUUGUUCUUUUCGUAUAAUACAUAUCGUAUUAUCUAUACUGGAUUUUAUUCACGCGCACCAUAGUAUCGUCCCGAAACGACGAAAUCGAUAUUGUAAUUUCGCGGUUAUCCGAAAUGGAUUUUGAUUGUUUUUUUUUUUUUUUUUUGUUUUCGAAACGGAUAAUUGAAAACCGUAUAUAUAUAUUACAGAAGCGGCACGUAUUAUGAUAUUAUACACGGAUAGGAUUUUUUCGAUUCUCGUCGACGUUUUCGAUUCAACAAUAUUAUUAUUACCUAUAUUAUUAUAGGCGGUACCGGGUGCAGUGUGCGAUGAGACGAGACCGCGCGAACGUAGCCGACGGUCGCGGUGCACGUGUAUGUAAUUCACUCGGAUUCUAUCGUCACGUCCGCGCCGAUAUCUCGGAAAUCCGGUUUCCAUACGGCGGCGGCCGAUUGGCCGGCUACCAUAGGUGCCGGUACACGUUAAAAUACCGUUAAGAAAUUAUUUACCGUGUCGUAAGUCGAUCCGGACGGAUCGCCGCGUCGGGAAAACGAGAAGAAGAUUAUACCGGCCCCUUGCAGUACCGGGUCACCGAAUAGACCGCGAACGAGAAAGUUCGGCCGUAUCGAGAGUUCGAUCGCGCCCAACGAGAUUUCCGGUCGGAAAGUUCGAUUUAUCGCGGACGACAAAACAACGAAAAAAAAAAGACUUACGACGGGGGUUACGGGUCGGGUGCCGGGGACGCGUUUUCGGGUCUUUUUUCGUUUUAAAAACCCGUCCGUCUUGUUAUUUAUUUCGAGCCGCGCGCGAUACUACGUGCGCGCGGUGUCCGUGUAACGCCGUCCCGGGUCCCCGGACCGUGUAUACGUAUAAUUAUUAUUGUAAAGCUCAAAGGAAAAAAAAAAAAAACCGCAGCGGACGAAACCGACCGACAAAACACAAAAAGCACGUAUACACGGGGACCGGGACAAUACACUUGGGGGGUCGUGUGGUGCGGUCGGAGGGUAUCGUCGCGUCUAGCCGCCGUUUUAAUGCAUCGCGUUUACGCCUAACCUUAAAAUACAUCACCGCGUACGUAAUAACAUUGUACACACAUGCGCUUGUUUAUACGCGUAUACAGAUGUAAUAUAUAUCGGGUUUUGUCGGGAGCGUACUAUAUUUUAUGAAAAUAUACCCGCGGAACGGACUUUUACCGAACGUAUAAUAUUUUUUAGCUCGUAUAUAUAUGUACGAUAAGCAAACGUCGGCGCGAGUACACUGCAGUGACCCCGAGCAUCCCGCGAGAAACAUCAUGCAACAAUAGCGGCAUCGGUGCCCCGGAUUACACGUGUACAGUUCGAGGGGGGAGGGGGUGGCUAUACAUACUCUUUUACCCGAAACCUUUUUUUUUUUUUUUUUUAGAUUCGCAAAACUAUUAAUUUAUAUUCUUCGCAUGUUUUUCUGUAUCGAAAUAUCGACGGUAGUCACUGCGGUAUUAUAAUAUUAUAUUAAAUCGUAUAUUGAUACGAGAUACUCGUAAUUUCAAAAAUAAAUAAGAACCUACGGGACGAAUUUCCAAACAUUUCAAUAAAAUAUGUAUUGAAUAAAGUUCCGUCGGGCAAAAUAACCCGCAUCAUAGGUAUAACAAAAAAAUUGGAGCAAUUUUAUAAAUCGAAAAAGUUUAUUCCGAGGAAAUAUCCUUUGCAAAACUAAUGGCUUCUUCACUAUACCCUCAGAAUCUAAAAACAACUGAAAAAAGACGAAAAAUCUUGGCCCCUUUGCCUUGCGAGGCCCUGGGCUACAGUUUUCCUCCUUUAGCCCUCUCCGUAAUCUAGCACUGAUCAACAUCACCGACGGCAUCCUUUAUAUUAUUGUAAUAUAAAACUUCGAAACGAACCAGUUCAAAUGAACGUCAUAUUAUAUACGUGUUCGUCCGUUUAAAGUUAAAAGUGUUAUACGAACAAAACGUGCAUUAUAAGUUGGUGUUUCAUUGAAAUUAAGUUCGUAUUUUUAAUAAACCAUUGGACAUUAAUAAUUGAGUUUUAUACCCUGUUAUAUAUUUCAAUUAUUUAGAUUCCGAGUUUUGCAUCGAGAAUUUCGAAUUCAAAUUUAAACGAUUACGUUAUCGUCCUACUACGGCCGCUACAAACAGAACUGAUCUGCGGUUAGAUCUUUUUGAGACUAUUUAAGGUGUACUUCAAAACAAAUAUGAGAUUUAGUAAAGAAAUAAAAUAAAAUAAACUUUUAAGUUCAUUUAUAGACGAACUUUGCUAAUUCGUAUAAAGAAAAAAAACGGACAUUCUUCGCACGAUGAGUGGACCACUUUUAUAGGUGAGAAUUUGAGAAGGUAGAAAGGAACUUAAUAUAUAUCUGUACGGAACCAUUAAUCGUUGCAAACGGAAAACGAUUCUGAGCGAAGUUCGAUUAUAUGUGUUUUAAAGCACCUAAUAAUAUUUACGAUUUUCGUCAAAAUUUUAAAUUAAAAUUUUUAUUAAAAAAUAAAAAUACUAUACAUUAAACUCAAAUUUUUCUUCUUGACUACUAAGUACGGCUUAUAAUAAACCUUCUAUUGAAUUUUAAAUGUUUAAUGUUCAAAUUUGUAUUCUCUCCGAACAUUUUGAACUGAAUGACCAUAAAAACAAAAUUAAAAAUAUUACAUUUCGUACAUUUUCUCAAUUAUUAUGAAAAACUGCUUUGAAAAUUAAAAAAUGGCAUUUUUUAAUUACCGUCUAUAUAAAAUUCCCUUUCAGAAAAAAAGUGCUACACUUGAUACAUCGGAGCAAGAUUUUUGGUAGAAUACUGUACACAGUAUAUAAAAGAAAAAAUAACAUUAUUCUAAAAUCAAUACAUUCUUCGCUACGUUCAGAAUCUAAAAUGAACUAUGUUCAGUUAUAUAUCUAUGAAUUAUUUGUUCAAUUAUCAUUAUAUUUUUUUUUUUUUCAUCAACCCGCGAUCUAAAAUUCCAAUUCUCCGUCAUUCUAUAGUCGUCGAUCACUCGCUUUUCCUUUUAGCUAUACGAAUGCGUAUCUGACUUGCGUCGUUUUCAACACGUCCCAUAGGUCUCUAUAUAAUCUCUAUAAUCUCUAUAAUCUCUCAAUAACGUUGUAUUAUGCAGUUCUUCCGGGCGUCUCGGAGCAUCACGUCCGACCGUUUUCUUUCAACGUCUUGUUCUAUAAUCGCAUCGAUGACGAAUGCCCUUUUUUCUUUGACGGUUUCAAGUGUUUGUCUUCGUUUGGCACCACAUUCCAAAGGCAUUCCGCAUUCUAGCCUUUCGAUAUACCAUUCUUCAUCCCGUGUUUAGCAUUCAUAUAGGUCGCUCUAAACGUGUUUACAUUUUAAUCGUUUAAAACAGUUUCUUCUUAUAGUUUUGGGUUAUAUAUUUUUUUUUUUGUGUUUUUAUCAGGCCUACGCGCUGUUUUAUUUCUUGCACGGUCGGAUAUAAUUUCGAUUUCUGAACGUACUGUUUCGUCCACUCUGUCUAGUCUUUGACCUAUACAUCAUCAGUAUCAUCUAUUUAUAGCACGGACUAAACCAAAAUAAUAUUUAUAAAAGAUAUUUUUUAAAACGUCCCUCUUUUUGUCGCAGAACCCUGUAUGCCAGCCCCGCCGUACUUUGUUUCGAAAUGUAUAAGCGGAAUAAUUACCCAAUAUACUUAAUAGAUAUCGAUAUAUUCCGUGUAUACUCGGGAGGCUCAACGUUCUCGGGGGAUCAACUAUUAUCAUUUGCGGUAUACCGCAAUAUUCCGGUUCGCGGCGAGUUUCAAUUUGUAAAAAUGCAGUUUUCCACCGUUUCGUGUCGGGUCGUUAACGUUAUUUUUCACAUUUACCGACAUGCCGAACAAUCCUUGUUCGAUUUUUUUUUUUUCCCGGACAAAGGUCGGACUAUACAUUAAAUAUUAACGCGCGCGUACUCAUAUUAAACUACACUUAUUGUAUUAUCUAAAACGCGCAAUAAGUAAACGAUGAUUCACACACGAUAUAGAUGCCUACGCCCCGAUGACGAGUCAACAAUAAUAAUUAUUAUUUCUGCAGAUUUGUUCAAAUCACCAAAUUUAAUUAAUUUUGUUCGGAUACGAUAUCCGUGCAACUAUACAUAUAUAUUAUUAUGUAUAAUAACUAUACCGACGUUUCUCAUAUUACAGUUUCACGUUUUAUUUCGUAAAAAAUAAGAUUCACUGCUUCCGCUGCAGGAGCGCAGGUCGGAUUAUUAGUUUCGAAUAUUAUACUUAUAUCCGUAUAUAUUAUAUCUAAACUGACCGGUAUAAACAAAUUCCCAAAGAGAUUAUUAAUCCGAAAAACUUACCUACACGUAAUAUUAUUGAGUACUAUACGUGUUAACGCAGCAUUAACAUAAUAUAGCGAUGGCAGCGUUUGUAUUAUUUAUUAUUCUUAAACGAGUAUAUGAUAAUAUAAUAGGUAAAUAUCACGAUCUCUCGAGAACGACAGGAAUCUAUACUAUACAUUGUAUUCAUCUAUUCUUGUAUAUAUUGUAUAAUAUAUUAUACUCUUUACAUUUUCAAACAGUGCGACGACAGUGUAAAUCUGAUAUAAUUUCCUUUAUGUACAUUCGUGAUUUUUUUUUUUUAAUAUUAUGAGGAAAUCGGUAAAAUAUACAAAAAUAAAAACAACGUUUUAUCGAAAGCGAUAAGACGUCGUAGCAUCAUAUUAUUGCGUGUAAAGAUAAUUCGAAUACAAAUUUUGCGUUAAAGUUUCGACCGUACACGUCGUAUCAUAAUAUAAUAUGGGUAACAUAGUUCGUAUAUGAGGUGUAAUGCGAAGUACGCGUUUAUUCGACGGGAGAAAAAAACAAAUAACAUUUGAAUAUGCAGUGAAUAAUUCAAAAAACACCCGUUAACGCGUAAAUAAAUCACGAAUGCAGUUGGUAGGUAAUUUAUUUCAUUAAAAAGUCUAAACUCUAAAGUAUAUAAUGUAAUUAUUAUUAUAAUACGCGCGUAUUCGUCGUAUAUAUAAUAUUAUUAUUAACAAAAGUUGUAAAAUGGAAGUUUUUCUAGAAAAAACAAAUGUACGUGUUUAUUAUUUAUCUACCCGUUCAAUUGUUUCUAUUCGUAUUUUUUAUUAUUAUUAUUUUUUUAAUCCGUUUUACAUCUGUAUAAUAUCAUUUGUAUACUUUCGUUAUCAAAGAACACUAUUAUUAUUUUUUUCAUUCCCGAAGGUACCUGUUUACUAUAUUUAUUUUUUAUGAAUGCAAGUAAACGUCAAUUAAAGGCAACUUUCCCCCUCUCCAUAAUAAAUAAAUAUAUAUAUAUAUAUAUAUAUGUGUAUACAAAAAAUAGGAUUCCGAGAAGAGCUGUAUGGGUUUAAAAACGAUGUCACCAAUUGUAUAUAUAUACACUAUCAAAUAAUAUUCUGUUUGCUAUAAUACGUUCAGUUUUUUGCGAUGUGAUUGCCCGGCGCAUCUGCGGAAUCCCGCGGAGAAAUUUAAAAAUAUUGAAAAAAACAACCCAUAAUCUAUGUGCACACAUAUAUUUAUAAAAAAAAAAAAAACCGUUAAAUUUAGCCACUGAUAAAAAAUCUAAUCGAUUCGAAACGAUGCGGAAUUUGUUUUUUCGGCGAUGCGAGUAGGACAAGUUGCGUUUGUGUAUCGGUCCGUUUACAGUCGGACCGUCGAGUUAGAAAUUCACAAUAAUAUUGUAUACCUGACACAAUAUAGAGUCGAUUAUUUAUGCAGAUAUACUGAAAUAAUUUCUGAGGGAAAACACCGACAUUGCCUUCCUCCGCCACUGACAAAUGAAACAAUACCGGCAUCGCAAACUAUAAUAAUUGAAUAACAUUAUAUUAUUAUAUUUUAGCUCUAUCGAGACAUUCCAUCUGAUAGAUAUCGUGAAUAUAUAUGUAUAGGUACCAGCGGUUUCCAAAGUGUGCGCCGCGUCGCGAAAAUAUGCCUUACAUAUUUCUUUAUUUGUUUUUAGCUUCAGUCUCAUUUCUGCAUCAUUCGUUUCCUCCACCUCUAUGUAUGCGAUGCCACCUACUUAUAGUUUUCCGCUCAUAAUAUUAUUAAAAACCGUUCAGACUUUAUCGGACCAGCGUUGUUUAGGCGUUCUUCUUUCCUUGCGGUUUAUUCGGGACUUCUUUUGCGAUCGUGUUGUGCCUUAGUGCGUGACCUAGCAAGUUUGCAGGUCUAUUGGCUCAAAUUACCUCUGCAGUUUGUUCGGUUCUCCAAAGGCAUAAUAUAUUUCUUCGUUUGAUUUUAUCUCAUUAACUUUGAGUAAAACUAUUCAUUUUCGGUCCACAUAUCUUCCUUAGAAACUUUCUUUCUUUUAUCGUCAAUACGCUCUCAUCCUCCAAGUUUGGUGGUCAUUCCUUAUAUUAUAUAUAAAAGCUGAUUACGAUUACGUUUGAACGAUUAUUAAGGUCUAGGUAAUUUUGUUCUUAUUUUGAAAAAAACUUUUCCGGUUAUAUAGUAAGCUCAAACAUGUAAAAAUGCUCAAAUUAUUUUAAAAUAUGUACAUUUUUUCGCCGGUGAUACCGGUAUUUAAAACGAAUUUUAUAAAUUCUCAACAGUUUUUUUUUGAAAUUAUAAAAACACUGAUAACAAUAAUUAUUGACGAUACGUCGGUUUUAUUUUUGUUGAACUCUGGGUUACCCGUUUGGCUAUACAAUGAGGGAGGGGGCUGAAAUCGUCUAAUACUACUCUCGUUCAUAAACGUUUUUUGAUCGAAAUGAAGGGCGCUCUGAGCGUUCACGAAGUUUGGGAAGCGCUGGCGUAUACAAUUACCGAACGCACAACGCCGACCGUUUUACAUCGUAUUGUUCAGUGGACUUCAAUAUCAUAAUAAUAACCCGAUAAAUUAUAUUGUUUCGAUUAACAAACUACAAUAACAAUAUUAUUAUAAUACUCGUAUUGUCAAACGUGUUGUAGGCAAAUAUGCUGGAUCCAAUACACCGAUGUACCUAUAUACAUUAAUUAAAUAACGAUUCAGAUUUUUCACCAGAUAUAGUACGAUAUACUUAAUUCGAACAAUUUGUCAAGAUUCCCGACAAUUUUUCAAAAAAGUCGAAAAAAAUAAAUGUAUCUGCCUACGAUACUUUAGUUUUAUUCAUAUCGAUUUUUGAAUUACUCAUAUGGCUAUAUAACAGCAACGAACCAAUCUUAUCAGUUUACCGAGCUGAGUUCAGAAUCGUUUUUCGGUUGUUUCAAUUCAUCGUUGUCUCGAUACAGAAAUGAGAUAAAUUAAUGCACGUCCUAAUACAGAUAUCUUUUCGACUUUCCACAUACAACACACAGUAGCCUACCCGUGGCUACGCGAACAGUAUGUUCAGUUCAUUGACAAAAAUAAUACUUCGUAUUAUAUAAAAUAUAUUACGAUAUACUUUGAAAUUACGAUAUUUGUUUUUUUCAAUUGUAUACUUACUCCGGUGCAUACUAUUUCGUAAUACGCAUUUAUGUUUUACGACCUGCUCGAAAUAUAUCAUAUUUUUAUCUUUCAACUCGUCUUGAUUGACAGGAAGCCUUAUAUAUAGGUGUAAUAGUUUGUUUUCCUCCCUGUAUUAAAGAUUUACAAGUUUACCGAAAUGUGUUUACGCGUUCGCUAAAUUGCUCGUCACUUAAACUUGUUUAUAUAUUGAAACUUUGAACUUUCUGCCCCCUCAUCGUGUGUGGCUCGCCCACGAGCCAGAGUAAAUUAUUUCUCGACGUAUAAAACUAUAUUUAUAUAUUAUUAUACAGGUGUAUGGGGUAGGUACGUAACCACAUUUGAAAACACACCUGUAGUUUAAAAAAAAAAAAAAACAUGAUUUCAAUUUCGUAUAUACAAAAAAAAAAUUAAUUUAAACUCUAGAGUAUUUUUACUUAUAUAAUUAUAUAUAGUUAAUAAUUUCUUACUACCCACUAUAAUAUUUCGUUAUAACAAAACUACGUCACACUAUUGUAAAUGUUGUACCUAUCGUUACUACACGAACAAAACGCGUUCGGUGAAUUGCGUCCUCGAUAUUUUUUCCGGCUAUAAGGUGAAUAAUAAUUGCUUUCCAUAUUAUUUAAAAUUUCUGACAAUACUACUGGAAGGAAAUUCAAUCACUCGCCUUAACGAAUAAUGUUUGCCAACGUAGUUCGUAAAAAGUAAAUUUUUCUUUCACACCGUUAUUGCGUCGACGAUGUAGACGAAUGUUUUAGAAAUGAUCAUUAAAUGAUCAAAUGUUGAUAUCCAUUUUACAUCCGUCGAAGUCGAUCGAUUUUUAUAAAUUUCCCAAUACACCUCGAACACUCCUUACGUUACUCCUGAUGCAAAUCGUCCACCGAAUUUCCGAGCGGAAUUCGCACUGAACAACCACAAACAGAACUGCCGAGAAUUGCGAGGUAUUUCAUUCGAAAUUCAUCGAUGCAUUUUAAAACCUCCUCCUUGUGGUGUCUUCUGGACAACGUUUAAUGCACCGAAUCAUAACUCGGACGUAAUUCAUCUUUGUGCGUAUAAUAUAAAUCGCUAAAUGCGGAUAGGGCUCGAAUUAUUUUACUGUUCAAGAAAGAUAAAAAUACCAAAUGGAAAAAAAAAUUACACGUUAGCGUAUAACCAACGCUAUAUACUACAUAGUAUAUAGUGCGUUAGAUAAAUUAUCGUCUUUGAGUUUCUACAGUUAAUUUUAUGAAGUUUAUAUUAUUAUCAUAGAAAACUCAUAGGCACCUAAGCGGUUUUUUUUGUUUUUUUUUUCAAAAUAUUUUCAAAAUGUGAAGGCCACGCCCUUUCUGCGUUUAGAGAUUCUUGUGUACCAUCAUGCUGUAAAGGGUAUACAAUAUUAUUUGUAUACAAAAACCAAAAUUGUCCAAGGUUUUUUCUUGCUUCAUAGAUUUUUUUACGGAGCGUCGCACGUCGUCGAAUAUAUUAUAUAUACUUUAUGUACUCGCGUAUAUAUAUAUUCUCAUUGAUUUUUUUUCUCACGCACACACACACUUUCUGCUCUCUUUAUUUUGAAAAAUGGUCGUAGUCGUCGUCGUCGAGACCAUAUAGCUAGUAUAUUAUAUAAUAGUGGCCUCGUAUAUAUAGCAGAGCGGCCUUUGCAGCAGCCGGGGUGACGUUUUACGCGCGAGCUCCGGUAUUAAUGGAGCUUAGCCGAUCGUGAAAGAGAGGGAAGGCGGGAGUGAGGGAAGUGAGAGAGCAAAAAACAUAUAAUAUAUAUAUACAGACACAACCUCCCCGCGACAUAAUAUCCAAUAGAGUCAUGAAUUCACUGCAGUGUCCGCGAAUAAAGGGGGUCUGUGGAAAAUCGGCAAAGGCCUCUUCUCUGCUAUAUAUAUAUAUAUAUAUAUAUAAUGUAUACGUAUUUUAUAAUCGCGGUAUACAACGACAACGUGACAAAUAAAUUAUGUCUGUAUACAUAUAUAUAUAUAUAUAAUAGUCGCGCGUGUUGUUAACUAUAUAUUAUAAUAUACAGCUGCAGCUGCAGUUACACGGAACGUCGAAAAUUUCUGGGGACGUCCAAAAAAAAAAAAAAAAACCUACUCCAUAUCCAUUCGGUCCCCUCGCGGCCCGACAGUAUAAGAAUAAUUAAAACUCGUUAAGUGUACAGAAAAAAAAAAAAAUGAAAAAAUGAAAAUGUGAUGUAUUAUUAAACAUUUAAAAAAGGAACAUCACAUGUUGUGUAGCGUAUCAUUAUUAUUAUUAUUAUUAUUUUAUUUUUUAUUUUUUUUCACUCGUAAUAUGUGUCCGUCCGUGUGCGUUGUAUUGUGCGUAUAUCGCUGUCUGUGUGUGUAUAUAGCUGCGCUCGCGGUACUCUUGAAUUACGUGUAUAAAUAUUUUAUAAUUACCGUAAAAUUUAACGACAACUGUAUACGCGUGUAUAGGUGUACUACACACGUAUAUAUACGUAUAGGUACGUAUAUAUAAUAUACGUACCAUCGUCGUUUACCGGCAUUUUAUGGAGGGCGCGUUAAGUGCACGACAAACGAUCGAAAAAAAAAACGGAAAAAAAAAACAUUACACUCGGGCGUUUUUUCGCUGAGUCAAAAUAAUAUGCAAAUAUAAUAACAAUAUGAUGGAUACAAAAGAAGAACGUCGUCACUUUGAACUAAAGGCGCAAAGGCCAUCGUAAUGAUGAUUCGUAAUUAGAAUAGAAGCUUUUUUUUUUUUUAAUAAACAAAAUAUGUAAUUCGCAUACAUCGGAAAACCUGCAGUGACUACUUACACCGUGAAAUAUGCUGGGUUGGUUUUUACGAUUAUCGUCGAAAACUGAACUUUAAAACACUCAUAUAUGAUGAAAGAAAAAAAAACCAACGCGGAAGUUUGUGUUAAAUUAUUUCCGAGCGUUAAUAUGAUGAAGCCGAGAAAAUUGUGUCCGUGUAAAACCGGGGGAAAAAACUCAACUAUUUCAAAUUAGUAUAAAUAAUAAUUCACAUAAUGCAAAAAUAUUUUUAAAAUUGUACCGCGAUAACAAUGUGCCGAUUUCUCUGGUUUGAAAGUCGUAUGAUAUCGGAGGAAGCUUUUUGGAUAAAAAAUCGUUCACAUGCAGCCGCCAGAAGUAAAAAGAGUUGACGAUACUGCUGAGGGGCGUGCUACUGUUGUAGGCCGGAUGUUGGUAAGGAAAGGAUACGCAAAGUUAUUCGAUUAAUGUCUGUACGGUUUUACUUAAUAUGAUUCUGAACAAAUUUUGGGUACAUUUCAGAAAAGAUUCCAAGUACUUUUGAAAUUCGGAGCAAGGUUUCCGGUAAAAAAACUAAUUAGAAAAUGACGAAACUUGUCAACAAUUACUUCUAUACCUGUUUCUACUUAAAUCUCGAUUACUGUAUGAAAAAUACUUAGAAAAUCAACGAUGUAUCGUUAAUUGUGCCAAAAUUUGUUUGAAAUGUACAACAAUUUAAAUCGUAUUCAUUGCCGCUAUUAAAUAAUAUCAACGUUGGCGAAUUUUUCAUCAAAAAUAAUUGAACAAAACAAUGGUUAUUUUGGAUGUCGGAUCGUAGGUGUUAUAUACCUUGUAUGAAAUAUAUGUAAAAAAAACUAUCUACUAACAGAUUUAACGGAGGUAAAUACGGUUUUUCGUGUAGCUCAUAAAAAAAACACACACAUACGGGUCAGAAUCGAACAAAAAAAAAAAAAACAAAAAACGGUUGUUGUAUGCAAAUACUCGAUCGCGUUGGAUUAUUGCGUUGAAGGGGUUGAGGUAUAGUUCACUCGUACAUAGGAUCUAUACGAUACACGAUAUAAUGUAUAACGCCUACCUUUAUCGCGGAGGGGGUGAACCCUGCCGAAUUCGUGACGUGUAUUAUUAUAUUAUUAUUUCCUUUGCGACGCUAGGGCGGCUGCGGUAAGUACAAUAAUUCGGGGGUGAUUUAGGGUCAACCGAUCCCCUACGGGGUGAUUAUUAUAAUAAUUAAUAUAUUAUCGCGAGUUAUAACCGCGCCGACUAUACAAUAUGUGCCAUUUUUCGGUCGAUGUUCAUACGAUAUAGGAUAUGGUGCGAAACCUUCUGUUUAUUAUUGCCCCGACGCUUUUGUGCCACUGUAUUGUUCGCGAGGGUUUAUUUCCAUUUUUUCCCGGUCUGACAUUACAUUAUCGAUGGCGAUUUAUUACCUUGUAUGUGUGUAUAUAUAUUUAUAUACAUCGGCCAAAAAUCAAAUAACGUCGAAAUCGUCGCGCAGCCCGAACCGCACGUCUAGAAACUAUACACGCGUAUUGACAUUUCGCUAUCGGAGGUUCCAUAUUAUAAUGACAAUAACAAUAAUCAAUACAGGCAAACGCCGAGAAAGGAUUUCGGGAAAUUCGACUCCUGACGGGGUCACGCGUGUAUUUCGUCUUUAAAACACGACAGUUAUCUUUGUUGUUAUUUAUUAUUGUUAUUAUUUUUUUAAUAACUGUUAUUAAUAUAUUGUGUAGUUAUACAUUCGAUCGUCGUUAUCCCGCGGGCGUUCGAUUCCGUCACGGGACUUGCGGCCGGUUCCGUAUAUAAUAUAUAGCUAUAGCAUGACAUAUUAGGUAUAACGACGGUAUAGCGUCCAUAUAUGAAAAUCCGAGAUAAAAAAAAAAACAAUAAAAAAUCCUAACGAAUACGGAAUAUAACGUUAAAAAAACGCGCGAUAAUAUUAUCAUUACGCGGCUGCAGUUUCGGAGUUUAACGCCCGUUUUUAAUAUGAUACGGAGAAAAGGUCGCGCGAGCCUCGCGAACUUAUACUCGUGUGCAGCUGCAAAAGACACGUAUGUGUGUGUGUGCGUGACAGCGGUUAGCCCGCCAAACUUUCGAACCCGGCUUAGACUGCGUUAUUGAGUUUUAAAAGUAUUCGGGGCGGCCGCGAGAAUAUAAACCUUUAACCGUGGAAUGUUUAGUAUAUAUACCUACGAGUAUACACGCGUAAGUGUGCGUGUGAGUGUAUGUGCAUGUGCAUGUAUGCGUAUUUAUUAAAUGCGCUUGUGUGGGAGAAAAAUUCAAAGUACAAAUUAUUCGAGGGGGGUUUUCUGAAUUUUCAUAAAAUUUCAAAACCGUUUGUUCACGAUUCGGCGUACAGGACCCUUACUGCCGAUCCGAACGAUUGCCCGACGUCGUUUGAGGGGAAAUGGGCACGAGGCCGUUUUUAUACGGACAAACAGAGCGUCGCAAACCGACAAAGCUCGACCAAACCGUACGGGAAUAUCGCGUUUGACGGAUUUCGAUUUCGAAAACGUAUUAGGACGUAUAUCUAUACGUAUUAUACGACUCUUUGGGUUCUUUACUUAUAGGACGCGUUGGAAUUUUCAAUUAUUUUCAAUCUUUUUUUUUUUUUUCUAUUAAUUUUCUAUUUCUUUUUAUCGUGAUGGUAUAAACGGCAGAAUUUUUUUUUUUUUUUUUUGGUAAAUUUUCGAUGUUUUCUCGCUUUUAUAACGACUUUUCACGAACGACCUUUAGCAGAGACCGUAUUUACUAUAAAUAUUGUACGUAUCGUUUUUUUUUCCGUUAAAACGUCUCAAGUCGUUAUUUUGUUUCGCCGUUAUUGUUUUUGAGGGCCCCGUCGAAACGUAUCAUUACGGCCUCUAUACGUCUCGAUCCGAGCCCGUUCGAUGAUAGCGGUAAAACAGCGCGAUUAUGAAUACGAGUAACGGUCGCCGAUAUUUUCAUCCCGGAGUAUCGCCGCGGUCCGGGAGGGGAUUGUCACUAGAAACAUCACUACUGCGGGUUACUGUAAUUUCGCGCCAUCGUCGUCAUUAAUAGCCCAGGUACAUAAUAUAAUAAUUAAUACGAUAUUAGCUGUAUAGACGAGGUAUUAUAAUAUUAUAUAGCGGAAAAUCCGUUUCGCAAACGAUGACGGCGAUUAAUUAAUUCGCUGCGAAAUAUUAACGCUUGCCCGCAUUAAUUAUUAAAAACGUAAUUAUUAUUUCGGGCGGCCCGGACGAACGCGCGCAUAUUAAUCAUUUAUUUAAAUAUACAUAAAGAAACGACGUCGUCGUCGUUGUCGUCGGUUUUCGUUUUGAAUUGUUCAUUUUUUUUUUUUUUUUUUAUUUCUGUUAUUAUCAUUAUUGUUAUACUAUUAUCGAACAUUACGGAAUCGUCUCGGUGUUUGUUCUCCGUCUCCUCGUCCUCUCCUCGCUCGUCAGGAUCAUUUAUUACAUUUUUUGCAUGUUUAACAUUUUUUCAUGUAUAGUUUAGAAUUUUUUCGCGCGUAUUUAUAGACAUAUUUUGCUUUUUUUGCCUUUUAGCCCCUAAUUAUUAUCACGAUAUUAUUUUCCGAUCGGUCAAUAUGUUUUUGCUGGACGCUCCUCGUCUUCUAAGGCCCGCCCACGUUCCGUUUUCCUACGACUCUUCCUCGGACGGGGACAGAUUGCAGUGUUUGCGUCUAUUAUACAGAUAAAUCUCGAUUGCGAUUAAUAAAAUUGAAUAAAGUUAAAAAAAAAAAAAAUACUUGUUUGGGCCCGGUAUAACGUUAUACCGGUUAUAACGUAACGUAUACCGUAUUACCGGUUACAAAUAAUCGAUAAAUUUCGGUCACACCGCAGUAAAACUUAAAUGUUUCGUCCCAUUUUUUUUUAUACUUCGAACCGACAGAAUAAAAAUGUAUGCCUAUAAUAUUAUAUUCCGGUGCAGUCAUUGAAAAUUUCAUUUUUCGUCAUUAUACCGUCUCACUGAUUUAAGUUUUAUCGUAUCAUAAUAUUAUUGUAAUGUUAUUUCUUCAUAUUUUCGUAGCAAUUUGAAUUUCGCCAUUAACUAUUUAUGAUUGUCGAAUGUUCCGGUGUUUUUUUUUAGUACCGCUUUAUUUUUGUUUUACUGUUCUAGCGAGAUUCGUUUUAAAUACCGUAUCUGUUUGAAAUUCUAUCAAAACUUCCACAAAUUGUAUAAAUGAUGAGCGUUGAAAAAAUACGAAUUACAAUUUGUAUAAAAUCAUUCGCAUGCGUUUGUUGUUUGCUGCAGUGUUUGAUUAGCAUAUCCUUUAGACCAUAGUUCAAGGGGAAACUCAUUAUUUUCAUUUAAUAAAAUCGUCAACUAUAAACUCAACCCAAAACCUAUGGUAAAACGGUUAGGUGGGUGCGGUAUAAUCAUCUAUAUAGACUAUCAAAGUUGGUCGCAAUUACGGAUGUGUACCUGCAUUAUGUUUGCGUAUGUACGGUCUGUGUCUCAUCUCUCGCGACAGACGUAGAAAUCAAAUAUCCUCGCGUUUUUGGCAAAUUUAUCGAUUUUUACAGUGUUACGGGUGUUUUAAUUGUUUGAUUUGAUUUUAUCAAGCGCGACCGAGGUUUUCCCGCGGUAUAGCUGGUGGUAGCCACGGACGGAUACGGUAUUUAAACCCGUCGUCGUGCGGUCGUGGCGUUUUCACAAUAUGCCGUCCCUUCAAACGACGCGGCCAAACGGUUUCGGGUAUUCGACUCCCGGGCAAAAGGCGAUGUCGGGUGUCGUAUGUCAAAAGCGCGCCCGCGUUACCGAUUCGUUCUGCGGUCGGUCCGCCGCGGGAGUUCGCAGAUUUUUUUCUAUAGUAAUACGACGCGGCCGCCGCCGUUGCGAACGAUUCUAUCCGGUUCGGGCGCGUCUUCAUUGCGAUAAUAUAACGUGACGAAGACGACGGCAUAACGCGGCGAGUACAUAAUAAAUCGAUAGUUUUAUAUAUAUAUAUUCGUAUAAUUAAACACAUCAAACAAUCUUAUACCGUUCUAAAAUAAAAAGAAAAAAAAUCAACCAUGUGUAAUUGUGUAUAAGUAUUGAGUACGUGUACACCGCGCGCGUGUAUACCAAAUGAAAAAUGUAUAAAGUCCAUUAAAAAAUAAAAAUAAAAAGAUGGCCGCUUUAGUAUAGUGGCUCCGCGGGCUAUAUACGCCGAAACGACACCCGAGGGACCGACUAUAACGCAGCUGCCGGACCAACUCUCUUUCUCUCCCUCGACAUCUCUCUGCUCUCUCUUACUCUGUCUCUCUUGUUGUAAACGUACGUGUACGUGUGUUCUUCAUACCGCGUCCGCAAAUCUCGCUCGGUAGAUGGCGCCGACGUUCGACGCCAAACUGUUUUCGCGUCGCGGUAAAUCUCUUUAUAUUAUUAUUAUUUUUAUUAUACCUACACGCUCCUUUAGCCGCCGGGCACACUAUUAUAGCGGAUCUACACGAGUGUAUAAUACACGCGACGAUUCGGGAUUCGCCGGGUUCCGAGACAGCACGGCGGGCCAGAAAACAUCGUAUUCGUAUUACAAACAAUAAUUAUAAUUCGCGCUCGGAUACGUUUCCGCCGCGCCGCGAAUAUUAUUGUUGGACGUUGACGCGAAAAUCCGCCAAAACGCGAUUCUCUUAUUUGUAUUUUAUUGUCGUAUUAUAAUAUUAUAGGCGAACUUAUCGAGCCAUCGUCGCCGCCUUAUUUGCAGCGGCGCGCGGUAAACGUAACACGACCAUAAUCCUCGGGGCGUACAUUAUUUAUACAUAAAUAAGUAACGCGAAACCUUUGAGUUUGCGUUUAAAAAGUUAGACCGCCGCCGCCGCCGGGCCACGCCGCUUUGAGGAUCUCCGGAUAAUCUGUGUGUUUUUUUUUUCUUCUUUUCAUUCCUUCCUUAAACUUGGACGGCUCUCUCUCUCUAUAUAUAUAUAUAUAUACGUAUUAUAUACACUAAUAUAAUGUAUAAUACUCGUUGUCGCGGCCGUCGCACCUCAUUUAACUUUAUUUUUUUUUAAUCACGCGUUUCGGGUCGUUGCCUUUGCAGCGCCAUCGUCUGCAGCGAUGCGCGCGCACGCGGAGAGAACAACACCAGCGUAAUAAUUAUACCGCCGCACGCGUUAAAAAUACCAGUAUAAUAUAUACGAAUUAUCGAUGGAUAUUAAAAAAAAAAAAACCGUUUCAUGAUGGUCUCGCGGUCCCGGCCGUUUUUGUUUCCGUCCCAUUUACCCGCUGUGUAUUAUCCGAAAUCAAGACAGUACCGCAUUAAUGUCUGUUUAUACUAUAUACGCGUUUAUAUAGUAUUAGCUAUAAAGGCCCGUCGUCUCCGCAACGGCCUCCUCCGGUUCUCUCUAUGGCUGCAUAUAAUUGUUUAUAAUAUUAUUUUCUCGCCAUUUAUUUGGCAUUACAAUAAGUAUCCGAGAUCUUGCAGGCGUUUACAGUCGGUGCAUCCGCAAUUUUUCCUACAGAUGCCGGCUGUUCAACUCGGCUCCAUAAUGCAGUCCUACAGUUCGUUCUACUCGAAGUUUUAACAAUGCGUCUUUAAUAGAUAAUAUAUUAUGUUAUCAUGUAUAUCAUUUUUUUUUUUUUUUCAAUAGUACUGUUACGAUUGUCUAUUCAUUUCAUGGCGUUUAAGAAAUCGUUUAACAAUGGUUUCGAUCUAUACGACCAGAGCUAAACAAAUACAUAUUAAGUAUCGUAAAGGAAAUCGCAUUUAACGUUCGAUUUUUUUCCCCAUAUAAUGCACCGCAUUGAUAAUCGUGGUUAUGUUUUUCGUUAUUGUAUACGAUAAUAUUGUGUACUAAAACAGUGAGUUGAUCUCGCGUUUUACGCGAAAAGUGAAUGCCGGAAAAUAUUAUUCCUCAAGAUAGAAAAAAAAAUGAAUUCGUUUAUUAUUGUUUCGUGUCCACGUCCUGCAAUAAUAAAGCUACACUUACAAAAAAUAUAUUAUCGCGGUCACAAAAAAAAAAACGUGCGUGGAAAACGAAUUUACGACGAUAGUAAUAAUACCUUGGAGAACCGCGUCUUCGCCCUGCGUAAGACCCUCUGCUGCUGCUUAAAUCCCUCGUAUUCAUCAACGACUCGACGAUUCUGUGUGUACCGUGUAUAAAUGUGUGUGUGUGUGUGUGUAUGUGUUUGUUUAUGUGCACAGAAGAUUACUAAACAGACGAGGAGAUCGGGUAACGAAGUGUGUACAAAGAUUACAUAUAUAUACAUAUACGCAUAAAGGGUAUUUCAGCAAGCGGUGUUGGCUUUGCAUUUUUUUUUCUCUUUCUCUCUCUCUCUCUCUCUCUCUCCCACACAAAAAUAGAUCAAAAACACAAUGCGACCGCCGCCGCCGCCGCCGGGUAUAGGUGUAACUAUUAUUAUUGUUAUUAUUACUAUUAUUAUAGGUUAUAGUGUAUAUAUUAACUGCGUAUUAUAUACGUGCGCCGCGAGAUUGAUAAUUCGCCGGGCCCUCCGUUGUUGCCAGCAGUGUAGGCCGCAGGUACGUAUUCCGCGGCUAAAAUAAAUAUCCCUUUUAAUCAACGGCGAAACGCCGCGACGGGAGCCCGUCUCGCGAGUAAAUCAAAUUUGUAGGGACAACAACGUCUGCUAUUUCCGCGCCGGGGUCUGAAACCGCCCGGCCGCCCCGAGCACGUCGCCGUCGACGUACACGAAUAGAUUGCUGGUUAAACAUCCGCGAACGAUCCACCGCCGUCGUCGCCAUAUUGUUUUCAAAACAUAUUCGUUCCGCGCGCAGUCGACGUCCCGAAACGUUUUGUUUUGUUUUUUUUUUUUUUUUAUAUAGAGAUUUUCAACCUCCUCCCCUCCGUCGCCCCGGGUUGUAAUCGACUGGUGCACCUGCAGAAAUCGAAAACGUUCUAGGCGUUUUCUCGUUUAAAUAGGGUUUCGUAUCUGCUGGUCGUCGGUGCAGCGUUGUCAAAGACAUUUUUCGAUUAACAAUAAUAAUAACCUAACCCAACCGAUUUUAUCGUACGGUUUUCGUCAUUUCCCCCUCCCCCUCGUAGUUACCCCGUUUGGCACAUAUACAAUACCUAUACAACAACAACAACAACGGGAAAAAAAAAAUCGGACGAUUUAACGCGUAAUUCCCGUCCCUUUACUCCCAGAUUAAUUUUUGUACGCCGCACCUGUAGGAGCUGUACACAGUACGUCGCGUAGGUAACGAGCACCGUAAAUAUCGUAAUAACGAUAAUUAACUGUACGACCUUCGCGAUUUCGCGCGCGCGGCACAUACCCACUGUAUUUUAUAAUGCACGCGUACGCACAGAAAUAUUAUUACAAUCAAAGACCCCCGCAGUUUUACAAUCGCCGUCCGCGUCGCGCUUGUUGAUCGUCGUGUCGACGGAUAGUAAUGCCUAUUACUAUAUAAUAUCGCGCGGUACGUUGUACAGAAACGAAAUAAUAAUGCUCGACGUUCUUUCAUUGUUUUUUUGUUUUUUUAUUGUUUUUUUUUUUUUUUUUUUUUUUUUGUCCGUCCGAUUUAUUAUACGUUGCUCCGCCGUCGUCGAUAUUCCGUACCCACCCCGGGUCGUUUCACCGGACGAGAACGAGAACGAAACGAGAAAAACCGCCUCCGGAUAAAACCGCGGCGGGCGUUGUCCCCGGCCGCGCAGCCUCCAGCCCCGUCGCGUCUCUCGUCCGACCGGUUUUGUGUUCGUCCGUUCGUUCGUCUCGUCGUACCGAUUGCGUUAUUCGCUAAAAAAAAAAAACCAACAAACAAAUAAAUAAAUAAUAAUGAAAAAAAAAAAACGAACGUAUACGCGUCCCGGUACCAAUUAUUAUUGCACUCGAAAUGACUGCGUGUGUGCAUACGCGCGGCUAUAUUAAUCAGUGGCGUAACUAUAAGAGGGCUCGGAAGGUUAGGUUACGCUAGCCCAGGGUAAUACCCGCGACGUUUUUUUCUUUUGACGAUAUUAUGAGCUGUUAAAUUAUAUUGACUCUCUAAAUAAAAUUAACUGUUGAUUUUAACAAUUAAAAAUUAUUAUUGUUGUAGGGCGUUGAUCUGUUUUAUCGACAUAAUGUUUCUACUACGGUGAAAAAAAUUCGAAUUUUUACCAUUACACUGUUUUUAACCGUCGAGUUUAUUCUUAGCAUGCAUGACGAUUCGCUAAUAAUGACGAGACGCGUAUUCAAUAAAACGUGCUAUAAUUAUAUUUUCAAAAAAAAGAAAUAAACCUACGAAACGAUUUCAGUAAGGGGAGACCCCCCCUCUUUAGACAUAGGUGCUCACAGAAAAUUUAUCAGGGAGGGGUAUAAUAAAAUCAAACAACAAAAAGAACUUAAAAUAAAAUUAUAUUUGCAAUUUUGAAAUUCAGGGGGGCAGAUGCCCAUGUCCUUAGACCUUCCUAUAUAUACCUGAAAGAGGGGGUUAUUGAAAAAUUCGUUCCUGGGUCCGCAUUUUGAUGUUACACCAUUGGUAUUAAUAGCUGUUGCAGCUCUCACGUGUUUUUUUUUUCUUUUGAAUAUCCAGCCAAUCGCGUUUCGUGAUAUUUUCUAUAGUUUUGUAUUUCUUUAUGCAGUGCAACUCAAAAUAUUCGAGUUGUUUUCUUUUUUUUUCCAACGUUCAGAAUACAAUAUUAUAAUAUAUAUAUUAUGUAGACGGCAUUUUUAUAAACGUAAACUUUUGUUUAUUUUAUUCCGAAACAACUUGUCUAAUUUAAACAUUUAUAUGUUAUGAGUACAUCGUUAUACGCAUAACAAAUUUAGAAUUUUUUUUUUUUUUAAAUAUAAGAGCCACCCUUUUAAGAACCGGAAAAUUCUUUCUCGCUGAAUCCGAAGGUCGAAUUUUCUUCGUACAUAAUAUUCGAAAUUUAAACAAAACAAAAAUUCUGUGCUCUAAAGUUUUCUGUCGUAGAAUAUUAAAAAUAUUUCAAUAAAUUAUACAAUAAUGCAAGUUACAGUAUAAUAUAAACAGUGUACGAUUCAAAUAUACGUUUUAAUUCCCCUCCCCCCGUUUCUCCGACGGUCUGUUCUUAAAUAUGCGCGUAACACACGGGCGAACGGAAAAAAAAAACGAAGAACGAUAAUAUAAUAAUUAUUAUUGCAUACGCGUAAAUAAAAAAUUUACGAAAGUCAGAUUUUAUAUUAUAUGUAUUAUAAAUGACGAAACGAUAUUUAUCACUCUAAAAAAAAAAAAACGAAAAAAUAAAAAACGUAAACACUAAACAGGUUUGAAUCGUGCAGUCGAUUUUCCUAGGCGUUUAACGUUUGGACACAUAGUUUUUAAUUUAAUGUCACUGUCGGUAAAAUUUAUCGCCGCCCGGUUGUAUACGCCGAAUAAUUAUUAUUGUAACAUAUUAUUAUUAUUAUUGCAUUAUUGUCCAUACGCCGCACGUCUGCACUAUAUUUUUAAUUAAAAUCCUACGGCCGAGCGUUUCUCCCUCCCUCACCCCCGUUACAUGGGACAACGAAUUUAAAACGUUCGGCGAAAAAAAAUAAAAUAUAUUAAAAACUAAAAUCCCAAAUUCGGGCUGGAUCAAGGGAGGUGGGUUUAGGAGGCUAUAGCCCCAAGCCGUGAGUUGAAGGGGGCCACGCAGUGUAUGUUUUUUUGUUGUUGACCUUUUUUUUUCAUUCAUUAGGCUAUAGCCCCGGGCCGGGAUAACUCAUAAUCCGGCCCUGUACACGGGGGAAUCUUUCGGCGUUUUUUUACUCCUCGUUUUUUCCAAGACGUGGAUGGGUGCCGAAGUUAUUAAAAUAUGCAUUACGCUUAAAAACAGCGUAUUCAAACGCUAUGUUUUACAGAAAAAAAACCGCCGUCUUGUUUCCGAAAAUCCCGAGAUCCACCGAUAUUACCUAUGUAGGAAACUCCAUGUGAAAACUAAACUGUUCAAUCUAUUCGAGUUCGGUGCUCGCGAGGUUGCUAAGAUAUUAUUACAAUUCGAUGUACUUUAGUUUUGUAUUAUUCAAAUAAUGUCCGUGGAUAAAAAACAAAAAAAAAGUAAUUUUAUUAAAAAAAUAAAAUAAAAUAAAAUGGACCGCACCGAUGCGGACUGCCAAACGACGUCAGGGAUUUGCGAUUAUAAACUGGAAAUGUAUAUAUUAUUUUUUUUUUCGGAGUGUACGCGAACAUUAUCGAUGUUUUAAUAUCGAUUUAAUAUCGAUAUACUAACCUACGCGUUGAAUAUUGUUAAUCAUUUUAAACGCGUUCUUAUCAAAUCGAAAAUUACCGCGGUUCAACGUUCUAAAGAUAAAAAACUGUUCCUCCAUUUAAAAACCGAUAAACGGUCUACGUUUUGCUAUCUCGAAAAAACGCAACGAUCGUAUCUAUAUAGAUAGACGUCUACAAUAUACCGGGUGUCCCACGAAGAUAUGAUUUUUGCGCGAUAUCUCGGAGUUUUAUUUUUUCGUCAACAAUAUUAUUCAAGAAACAAGCAGCUAAAAAAUGUUGUGUUACCGUUGUGCUUGUCACCUUUAUUUUUGGCACGAACAGCCUGUUUUUGAUUUUUAAACGGCGAUCUAUUAUAUUGAAAAUGCCAUAAUAGACGGAGAGCAUAAGUGUUCAAAUGUAUUUUUGUGUUUACAUUUUUGAUUCCCGUUAUAACACCCGUUGACGAGAUAUUCGCGGAGUUUGAAUAACGGUCAGCUAUACUACGUGCCUCUACCUAAUAAAUUUAAAAGUGGAAUAUUUCCGUUUGAAAAUAAAAAGUAUUGCCGGUCGGUUCGCCUCCUCCCGAAAUUAAGGGCGACGAAAUUUAACGGUGAUGUAACAUUCUACAACUACUAUAGAUUCUCGAAUUGUCAAAAAAAAACAAAAAAAACACUUUUCGAGAUAUUUCAACGAUCGUGUAAUUAUCUCCGUGGGAUACCCUGUAUAUAUGCUAUUACGAUUUUAAUUAUCAUAUCGAAAGACUGUUAACAGUCACGCGUACACUAUAUUAUAGAAUAUUGAUAAACCCGUAUAAUAUAUUCGUGCAUACCCGUUUACAUAGGUCCCGGCCCGGUAUUGACCGCGCGUCUUAUAGGUACGGCGUAUUAUAAUAAUAUUGUUACCGCGCUGACCGUCAAACUGAUACCGGCCGGUAACCGCUUUUCUCGUCGUCGUAACGCCAUUGGCGUAUCGUCGUACAGGCGAUAGGUAAUAAUGUAAUAAUCGUGCCAAUAUAGUAAUAUAAUAUUAUAAUAGCGUUUGUUAAAGACCGAACCACCGGAGGAGAUACGUAAAAUAAGGACGCGUACCUCGUAUAAUACCCGCGCAGUCUCCUAUACAUUUACGAUAAUAAUGUACGCGUGUCAAACGAACGGCGGCAGUGGCGGCGCGGCGGCGGCGGCGGCGGCGUUUAUCCCGAAAUCGCCUCCUAGCGCCGUCGCAACCAUCGGCCGCGCUAGUUAACAACGCGGUUUCAACCUAAACCCGUCAUUAUCGCGGUCUAAAUUGUGUUUAUACAGCGGAAAUUGAGUAGUACGAACCGCCGCCGCCGCCGUCGCGGCGCGCGCGCGUAUUACACGUGCAACGGUAAUAUACGUGUGUAUAGUACGCCUAAUUAUUAUGCGCGGCAAUCGCAUCGUCUAAACAUCUCAAUGCGAUAUAAUAAUUGGAUUUUCGUACGACGACGUGUAUACUUACUUACCUAUGCGCGCGCGGCGGCCGCGACAGCGAAUUACUAUUAUGCAAAACGAAUAAUGUAAUUAAUUGUUGUGCGGGUAGCUGGUGUUACUGUUAUUGACUUGGGGCUCUGGAAGUUGUUGUAUUUGCGACUUUUUUUCUAAUUGUCCGGAUACGUUGCUAAGUAAAUUUUAAAUUCAUUCCGCCUGUUUAGUGCAGCUUUUUGCAAUCGUUGUCGUUUUUUCGAUUCGAUUGCAAUUUUGUUGAUUUCCCUCGUUUAUAAUACAACGUUUGAUACUUUUGAAUAUUAUUCGCUUGAUUUUACUUUUUUUUUUUUUUUUUACAUUAGAAAUAAAAUAAUGACAGGUACCUUGUGAGAUAUUAGUAUGUCAAAUAAUAUAAUAAUUGAUGGUUUUUUCUGACUUGGUCGAUUGUGAUGGCAGUCGUGAAAUUAGUAUUUGAUGAGACGAUGCACGAGUUAUUAUUUCCCCAAAACGUGGAGUAUUUUUAUAUUCAUUUGGGAAGCACAAUUAUUUAUUUCAAUUUUUGAGUGCAAUUUUAGAUUUUUUUCAGCAAUAAUUCAAUCAAUUUUAAUGCUUUUUCAGUGCAAUAACUCCCGAGCGUUGUUAUUGUAUACACGCCGUACACAUACCGUAUAUUAUUGUAUUUUUUUUUUCAACGCGAUUUUUUUAUACGCGCAGCUACGUGAUUUCACAUGGCAUAUUUUUGUCGCCGAAACGUCUGAAUCACGUCUGACGCGGACGAAUCGGAACGACAGAGUCCGGACGCGAAAAACUACAGUACCGUUUCACCGGCCCGAGCAUUUUUGAGCUUCCUCCGUUUCGCCAGUGCCGUUAUUUUCCGGAUAAUUUGCGCGAUUUCGCGGACUUAUUUUGACAUUUUUUGGACCGUUGUAGUUUUAUUAUUAUUUAUUAUUUAUUAUAAAAUACGAAACAAGUCCAGUUUGCUUUGAGUGUUCUUAUAUCUAACAUAUAUUUUACUUAUAAUAGACAUAGACCUAUGGAUUGUUAGCGAUAACUUAAUAUUUAAUUCUGUUACUAUUGUUAUUCCUAUGACUAUUAUCAUUUCUACAUGGCUUAGAAUUUUCCUUUUUGUACUUUAUAAUAGAAAGAAUGGGUCAUUGUUUGCGGUUCUCAUUAGACGAUUUAGAUGGGAGUUUUGAAGGAAACUAGUAGAGAAGUGGGGGAAUAUGAAAUGGAGUUACAAUGGAAUUUAUAGUUACCCCUGAAAAACACGUGGCCGGGCUGUAGUAAAUUAGAUUUUAUGUGUUGUAUAAGUAUACUCGCGCGCGAAUCAUCCGCUAAGCGCAACGCGGUUUAUGCAGUCAGGUACCGUUUCGGCUCCGAUCAGCUCCAAAUCAAACGAACCGGCGACGAACUUCCGGGGGUCUCGAAGAAGUCUUUUAUGGAAUAUGAAAUAUCUUUCAGAGAUCGGUGUACGCUUAUAUACACGCGUCCUUUUUAGAAACGAUAAUGUUAUAACAUGUCUCUAAUCGGAUCGAUAUAACACUCCACGGCGAGAAUAUCCUGAGCAAUGUGCACAAAUUCAUUUGCGAAGUUUCCGAAAUUUUUUCGGAUUUAAAAUAAAAAAAAUCUUUUUCUGAAGGAUUUUCACUUCGAAUCGAAAAUUUCGGGGAAAAUUAUUGAAAGAAAAUGUCGGUUUUUGGUAUACUUGAAUGUAUUCAAAUUUUUUAUAAAGCAUAUAUUAUAUACAUAAUUAUCUCUGUCUCUCUUUCUCUCUCUUGUAUAUACUGCGCACGAGCCGGGAUGUCACGAAUCGUACGGCGGCCCGUAUAUGCGUAUGUAAAAAAGUAAAAAAAAAAAAAAAAAAAAAAGGGCUUUUAUACAAUAUUUGACACUAGGAUUUUCGCGAGACACCCCUAGGAGUUGAUAAUAUAAUGUCGCGCCUCGUGACACCUACGGCGUUCGUAUAUACGCGUAUAGUACGUUGUGCCUGUAUGUGUACUGUAGUUAGCUUUCAUCUCGACAUUGUGACCGCAGAAAGAGACGAAGGAUGGAUAUUUCGAAAAGGAAGGGGGGGGGCGAAGUAUAUAAUAUAACCCCCAGAAAUAUCGCUGGCGUUAAAUCGCGUCAUCUCAGUGUGCACGCACGACGUAUACAUCGUAUACAUACACAUUCGAGAGCCCGACAAUAUACUAUAUGACCCGGCGGCUGGCGGUAUGCGAAUGUCACUUUAUAUCCGUCAUAAUAAUAAUACGCAUAAGACCGACCGCGGAGCGUGACAGUGAAAACAACACUUUCGUCGGCUUUCGACGGUCCGCGGAGUUAAAUUUCGCCUUCCGCAUGUAUAAUUUUAUACGCACACGUCAUAGGGGGCUUUUUACGAAAAAAAAAAAACCAAAGGCUAUUAUAUAAUGCCGUGCCUAUUCCUAAUACAUAAUAGUGCCGCAGUCUAUCCGGACGACUGGUAUACAUCACGUAUUGUACAGUCUGUUCGGACAAAUGUUUGUAACACAAAACGUCGUGUCACGUACCUAUGUGUACGCCGAACCCGCAAUGCUCAUAUCGAGAGGGGGGAGGGGUAGUAUUUUUUUUUAUAAAUUCGAGCGUACCACUACUUUAUUUAAUCAACCGAACAAUGUUAAGGACGCUAUUAUCGGAGGCGUGCCUCUGUUAGCACCGAUAAUUGUGGUCAUCCUAAAUCUAAAAUCUGAUUGUUCAUCUCUAGUUCGUGGAUCUAGAAAAAAAAAGCCUAAAUAUCGAAAAACGUAUCGUAUAACUUACGCCCGUAUGCUCUCCCGAAUAAUGAACCCGCUGUUAGGUUGUCGAUUUUUCUGUGUUUUCGGCCGUUCUCACCAGAUAACCAUUUAACUAAAAAUUUUUUUUUUUUUUUAUUUUUCAUCAUUUUUUAUAUUUUACAAGACAGAUUUAAUAAACGUGUCAAUAGUGUUGUCAAUAGCAAGGUAUUUUAUACAUUUUUUUCAUCAGCGUUCGUCUUCAUUUUGUACGCUCCGCGACCGCACUAUUAAUAACAAUACGAUAAUAUUAUUGUGUAAAAUAAUUUUCAUAAUUCUCAUCGUCCGAAUAGCAAGUUUCAUAAGAGGAUUUGGACGUCACACACCCGAAAUAGGCGACUUUUAACCGGAAUUUCGACGGAACUGCCCUUUACUCUUUAGUUUUUUCGGAUAUAAAGUAGAGUUAUAAAUAUUUCCAAACAUAUAUAUCUUAGAGAAUAAUUUCAUCUACAUGUCAUAUCGGACGUAUUAUUAUUAUUUUUUUCAAAAAUCCGUACAUGACAUCGGUGAUUAGCAAGAAAAAAAUUUGUUUCUUACUCAGAAUGUUCUUGCAGGUGUCAUCAAUAAUAAUAUGUAAAUGUGUUAAAACUCCCGAGUCCCGAUGGCAAUUAAUUUAAUAAAAUCGACUUUUCCGAUCAGUCGAUUUUCGCAAAUUAUUAAAUCUGAAUUCGAAUUGCUCGUCAUCGUGUCACACACGGUAUAUACCGAGCGAUUCGUCGCCGUUUAUUCGGACCGUGUUUUUUUUGUUUUUCUCUUCAGAAUAUUUCGUAAAUCAUCGCACACGCCCGGCAGUGCCGUCGACGACGACGAAGGCGGCGUGUGCGAAUAACGUCUUUUCCGGUCCAUAUUUCGAACGUUAUCGAUCCUAAAUAACCUUCGGGGGGACACGAACAAUCUACGCGUAAGGGUAGUGAACGGGCGUGAACGGUAUCGUACGACUGUGUAUAGUGAUUUUAUAGUAGUAGUUGCAGUUAUAGUAGUAGUAGUAGUAGUAGUAGUAGUAGUGGUAGUAGUUUAUAAUAUAGUCCGCGAUAUACUUACACACGUGAGGCUUAGUUGGUAUAUGUAUAUGUAUACAGGGUGUAUCUGCGAGAUUUGCAAAUUCCUUACACGCAAUACGCGUGAUUGGCGCUCCCUGGAUUCGUGGGCCGUACGCAAAAUCUCUGAUGGGCCUAAAGGGCCUUAAUAAGCAAAAAGAUCAUUGCCUGUUUUAUAAACCUGUCCUGUAUCUCAGCGUCUGAACUACAAAUUAAAAAAUAUCACGUUUUAUAAUUUCGUUUAUGAACAUAAAUAAUAUUUAAUACAUAAUCAUGUAACAUUGAAAAUAUUAAAUUUGUCCAAUACAUUUUUGAAUCAAAGUUAAAUGCAUUUGUAUAUUUGUAUAGAUUUCAAAAUUAAUCACUGGCAUCAAUACAACUAUCAACUGUUGUCUAUCCUCUUCAUACAUACAUAACACAUUUUGUCUAGUGUUUUCUUAUGAAAAAGUACCGAUAACAUAUUCGAAGUUUAGCGAUUUUAAAAAUUUAUUCUCAAUGCUUGAAAUUCCAAAAUUUUGCGGAUUAUUUUACGAUAGUGAAGAUCGUGUAGAAUACGUUUUUAAUGAUUUAAAAUAGAAAGAUAUUUCGCCACUACAGUUAGUACACAAAAAAUAAAAGUAUAAUAACCUUUAAACAUUUAUAAAUCUCUCAGUUACAUUUUGAUUCAACUUAUAAUCUUAUGCAUGUUAAGCAAAAUAAUCUUAUUCUAAUUUUCGUUCAUUGUAGUUAAUAACAAAGACGUUGAUGAAAAACUUAAAAAUUGUUUAAAUCCGACAGAAAAAUUAACCUUUAAAAUAUUCUUCGAUAUUACAAUAAUAAUAAUAAUAAUAAUAAUAAUAAAAAUUUAAAUACUAGCCAUUUUUAUGAGCCGUUAUUUUGCUUGUAGGUUAAUCCGACCGUGGGUGCCUCUUACGUUAUUCUUCGUCUUAACAGUAGGUUAUUAGUAAAGAUAGGAUCGUUCGGAUCCGAACAAAACCCCGUUGGGUCCGAUCAGCAUAGUACCUAUUCGUACGGGUAGACGACUUUUUAAAAAAUCGUAUAAAAUACUACAGUUUUCACCGUGGCGACUUAAGUUAUCUAUCAUUGUGUAUAAAAUCGAUUGCCGAGAUAUUAAAAAUAUGCUUAAUAACGUGCUACGAGUGUUUGAUUAAAAAUAAAAAACAAUAAUAAUAGCCUUCGCCAAACUUAAUGUAUUUUAGAAUAAUUUGAAUUUUUUCCCGACAGAAGACGAAAAAAAAAAAUGUUGCUGAUAAUAUUUUACCGUAGCGCUUUUCCUAAUUAUAUCGAGUUAUAUCAUCAGAUCCUGCCCGUAUACCCUGUAUGUUAAAGUCGCGUACACUAGUAUACUGUAGUAAUAAUACGAAUGGACCGUUCUGGUUGCCCGUGCCCCGUAAUCAUGUAUACCUACUAGGCGUACGCGUACAAAACUACUACUAUAUUAUAAGAUAAAGAUAUACUCGUACUCUUAACAACGUAUAAUAAUAACAUAGUACACCGUACACUAUACGCGAUCGCGAUCCCGAGGCAACGAUAAUGCGCAUUAAUACAAGGAAUUUAACUACCAGUACUCGAACCUGCGUCGUUAUCGAGCAUGUAGGUAUACUGUGCAGGCCUACCUAUAAUAAUACUACUUAUACAAUCUUAUGUGUGUGUGUGUGUGUGUGUUUUUAUUAUGAAAUUACGAAGCCAGUUUUCUGCGCCACCGCCAGAGUCGCUAAUUAUUAGGUAUAAUUUAAUAUUAUUAUUAUUGUAUGCUUAUAUAUAUAUUUUUCCGUAUCUAAUGGCUUCGUCUUGUCGCUGCAACCAAACACAAUAUAUGUCUUUGUUCAAUACGAUAAUCUCUUCAUUGAAUCGCACAUAGCUUAAUAGAGCUAAUGUCUGCCUCGACUCAUCUAUGUAUAUUAUACUCUACACAUAAUAUUAUAUUCUAUAGAUAUCUAUGCGUUUCGGUUGUUCUCAUCUGCCUUUUUCACCGUUUAUUUUUUCUUCCGUAAUGUUUAAAAUAGAUCCGCUCUGCCUUAUAAUAUGUUAUAUACGUGUCUGUGGGCCUUUCUUCCACCCCCUCCUUAUUCGUUUCCUUAUAUUUACGUUAAGUCCUCUGAAUAUUGUUUACCGAGUGAAAUGUAAACUUCCACAGCGCUGCGAUAAAUGGCACGGUAACGAUAAAACGUGCUCGCGGUUUUAUAUGGCUCAAUUUUAUCGUGACUACUUUUUCGCAGCAGUGCAAAAACACUCCUUAUUAACAAUGACAUUUUUCGUAGGUAUACGUUUUUCUAAAGCUAUCCAUCAGCCCAUAAUCCUCAAGGUUUACUUUUGUAGAAAUAAUGGAAAUGGCAUAUGAGAACCUGCGUAAAAGAAGAAACAGAUCUCCGAGAGCGUCGAUACAGGGCUACAUUUGAAUCGGCAAGUUACGGAACGAAACUUUAUUGAAACAUGUGUUUUUGGGCCAAAAAAAAUCCUAAUUAUACAUGUACAUGCCAUACAAUUCGCACAACUGUUCAACGUUAAAAUCGUGUAAAAAUAAUAUGAUAGUAGAAACGGAAUAAAAAUCAAAUAUUAUAUUGUCAAUAAUAUGAUCUAAGGAUCGCAACGGUCGAUUUGUAAUUCAGUGAAAUCUAUGUUUGGCCGUUUGUAAAUCUAGCCCGAAAAAAUGUGACAUUCACAAAAUGCUAUGACGAAAAUAUUUUUCGGUUUGAAAGUCGGACCGCAUCAAAUAUAAUAAUAACUCGCGCGUGUUUUAUCGCUCAAUACGGCACUGACCCCAGUGUCGAAACGAACUUGAAAUAACCCACAAACAACUUACCCUGCAGUGUUCACGCGCCAAUAUUUACCGAUAUUUCCAAUACAUCCCAAAUAUGUUCACUACUGCUUUUACUAAAUCAGUUGUAAACGAGUGCACGGUAUUUAGUCAUUUUCGUCUCGAGCACCUAUAUAUAGGUUCGUCCGUAAAUGUCGAAAAAAUCGAGAAACGACCGCUUCUCAAAGGCCGCAUUCGUCUCGCCACUAGCACAGCCGGCCACUCCGCUGACACCGUCCGAUAGUAAUAUCGCCGUUUUCGUCAUUUCGACCGUAUUGACGGUCCUUCUUGCUGGUCGUCUUGCUUCUCGCGCCGCGUCGUGUUUCACUAACCAAUUAAAGCGGUACCGCCCGCCAACCGCUAUGCGCAGAAAAGAUCAAAUACUUUUACGACGUCGCUCAACUGCCAUGCGAAAAACAAAAAAAAACGAAGUGGUCACUCACAAAUAUCACGCCACCCGUGCGAGCGUUAUCAUCGUGGGUGUAUGCAUAGGCGCCCGCGAAUAAAUAACACCCGUCGUAGUAUCAUAAUAAUAUUAUAACCGUUAUAUAGUUCAUUAGUCCGCGUCAUUUUAUUAUCAUUUCAUGACCGCGCGCCGUCGCCGUCGUUGUCGCCGUAAUUAUAAACACGUGUACGCGGCUAAUUGGGUUUUAAUCCGCGCCCGCCCGAAACGGCGGCGGCGGCGUCAACGCGUGCGUAACGAUGAUUUAUUAUUAAUCGCCGUUAACGUGCAUAAUGCAUGCACAGCCGGUAAGGUACCCCGCGCGCUUACCCACCCGCAGGCUGCAGCAGCGCGUCUACGCGGGGUCGCGAUUCCUUCGGAUAACAAUAACGCGAUUCCGUUUACUCGCGGGGUCGUUUCUAAUUAUUGUUGUUGUCCGGUGGAGAGAAAAAAAAAACAGCAUUUGAUUACACGGCCGAUCGCAGCGCGCGCGGUGUCCGAACUCUGAUAAUUUGCCGAGCGUGUACGGCGCGAAAAUUUCUCCUCUCCCAUCCCUUCCCCCCGAAGUAGAAACAAUAGCCUUUUGGCCUUAAGGCCGGACAGGGUCGCUUUACCGCUCGUUAUAGGUCGGUGGUACUCGUGUAAUUUUCGAGUUUUCGAGCGCGACCGAAACCGCGCACAAUUGUUAUCGGGAGUAUCUUUCUUUUCGUUAAUAAACCUAUAAAAGAUUAGUUGCGGUUCUCCGUACAUAUUACAAUAUUCCUCCCCGCUGUACCUUGUUUGUUCUCCUCUAGCGCCUCGUAUUUGUAUUCCCUAUUUAUAUGUAUACUUUACGAUUUAAGUCAUAUUAUAUUCCGCGCUUUUGGUCUUUCUCUUCUCGCGUAUAUCCCCUUCGAUCAUUGUUUUUACAUAGGGUUUCGUUCCUCGGUUAUUAUAAACGGUCCAUCAUUUUAUUUCUAGAAUGAAUGAUUUUUAUUUUUUGUCAUGAAAAUUCGCUGAUCGAAGCAUAAAUAAUUUUAAUUUCCGAUAAAAAACAUUGCCUAUAUAUACAUUGAUUGUACAUUGAAAUAUAUAAAUGGACUAUUGAAUCGGAAAAUGUAAUCUCCUCCGGCACCGUAAAAGUGGUACAAAUUAAAUGAAAAAAAAAAAAAUAUAUAUAUAUAAUACUUUCAAACGAAAUCUUCUUAUGCUAUAUUGUUCCUUUUUAUUGGCCCCUUGUAGGACAUUCGCAGCAUGUCUCAUUGUAGUUUUUAAUCCAAGAAUUGGUUUGUAGCAAUUGUCCGUGUCAUUAUAUUGUUGACCUUCCACUUCACUUAUUGGUACGAACCGCAUCAUUUUUUUUCUAUAAUUUGUUUUUUUGUAUAAAAUAUUAUAAUCAUGUGGUAAUCUUCCUAUGAAAUAUAUUUUUUUUCAUUCUGCAAUGCCUUCCAAGAUUAUUCCUUGCUAACCUUUGAAAUAAUGUUCUAUCCAUUCGUUUCGUCUUUUUUUCAAAAAUAAAUAAUCUUUUUUCCGAAACCCUUUCUAAAACUUCCUCAGUAAUGACUCUAUCAGUCCGAAUUAUCUCUUGCGUCUUUAUACACAACGCAUUUAUUCAUCAACUCUCUAUUCGUUUGCAACGGCGGCGUUUCGCAUCCGUAUUCGCAGUUGUGUAAUAUCAAUCACGUCGAAAUAAAUGUUGAAAUGUCUUUUUUGGGAAGCCUACUACGGCGGGUAUUUUACAGUAAUCGAGGUACAAUAAAAUAUAAUAUAUUGGCGUAUUGCCAAAAUACCGCAAUCGAUUAAGAUAUAAAGUCAAUCCGUUUGGAUAUACGUAUAUUUAUAUGGCUAUAUGCGCCGAAUAUAAAAUGCAGAAAUGUUUCUAUAGUAUAUAAAAUAUAAGUAAUUCUAAGUCUAAGUCGACACAGUCCUUAGCCAGUGACGUAAAUACCGGGUGGGCAAGGUGGGCAAACGUCACGGGCCCGUGACAUUUAGGGGCCCCAAAUCAGGGCUCAAGGCAUUAUUGGACAAGCUUUUUUUUUUUUUUACUCAUCGGCCCUGACUCGAUGCAAUAUUUGGCCACGGGCAAUAGAAGUUCUAGAUACGGCACUGUCCUAAGAAUACAGGAAAGGAGACGUGCGUAUUUGACUGUCUAACUGCGAACAGUGGGAACCGAUUUGACCGGUAGUGCAGGAUACAUUGCGAAUUUAAACGGUAACCUAUUCGGAUACGCCCCUCGACGGGUAACCCGCUCGGUCACCGCGGUAUUAACGCGCGCAAAAAGUACGAAAUAACGUUCUAAUAUUCUAUGCAGCGUCUGGCGGCUCGUUCCGGUUUCGACGUAUUAUAUCAAAAUGAAAAAAAAAAAUAAUAAUAAUAAUAAACAAAACACAUUAUUAUUACACCGCGAGAGAAUUUUCCGUACGGAUCGACGGCGCGCGCUGUUUAUUAUGUUGUCGCGAAAAUACGAAAUCCGUCUCCGCCGACGUCGUUGUUCCGAUGCUGCGCGCGCGCGCCCUUUUUAAUAUAUUACACACUGUGCCUGUACACCGCGCGUUUCGUUAUUGUGUAUCCCGAACUGACAAUACAAUGAUGUAUUUAUUAUUAUUAUUAUUAUUAGUAGUAGUAUUAUUGUUAUUAUUGCUGUACGAUAUUAUUGUGUAUAGCAACAGAUCCGCAGGAAAACUGCUGACGUCCGGGGGCCCGUAGUCCGUAUACGGUAAUAUAUAAUGUACGGUAUUCGCGUGUGGGCGCACUACCGGCAGCAGCAGUAACAGCAGCAGCAGCAGCAGCCGCCGCCGUCGUCGUCGUCGGUCCUCGGGUCUUAUUGGCGGAAAUCCUAUCUCCGGUAAUCGAGAAUAAUAACAAUAAUAUCGUUAUCGAUUCGUCGUCACAGCUGUGUACUUACACGCGCCUACAUCACGAUAUUGUUACAUAUAUAUACAGGUAUCCGAAAAUUAUACCCGCUUAUUCAUAUACGCGCAUAGCCCGGGCUUAGGUAUAACACACGAACGGGUUACGGUCGUCACCGCCGCGGGAUCCGUCGCGGGUCCGCGGGCGAAUUUACUCGGUAAAAAUAUAUUUAUUUUUUUUUUUUUUUUUUUUUCCGCGGGGCCAGCGAGUGGAGUGGAAAUUUAUAUACGGGUAACGGGUAUGUAUACAUAAGUACAGGCUCGCCCCGGAAAAUUACGGUAAAUCGCAAAUCGAUAUGAUACUCCGCGGUUAUAAGACGCGCGUGGUGCGCGUAUACCUACCUGCCUACCUACAUACAGUCUACAUGCACUCGGAAUUCUAUUUAUAUAUAUAAAAAAAAAAAAAAUAAAAUAAAGUAUGACGCGCGGGAUGUUUUACAUAAUAAUAUUAUUAUUAUUAUAAAAUAUACGCAGGCGUAUAACAUAGUAAAAUAUUGUAUAUCCGGGAUAAGUUUACCGGUCUAGCGCGUCUCUAUGGAUUUGCGCCUAUACGCAAUAAUAAUAUUGUAUAUUACCCGUAUAUAUCAUUAUACCCGUGUAAUAUUGUGUUCGGUCUGCGCCGGGACUAUAUUUACGAGAAUUCAUCCGCGACCGAAAAAAAAAAAAAAAAAAAAUGAAAAAUAUAAUCAUAAUAAUAUUAUUAUGAAAAGCGCCUCGUGUGAAAUUUGUUUUUACGUCGCUCGUCUCGCGCUACAACAAAAUAUGUGGUCGCGCGCGUCUUUGGUCUCGAUUGUAGCUCUAGUCGAUUGUUGGAAUUUUUUUUUUCCAUACAUUAUAAUAUAAUCGUGUUUUAUUUAAAUUUCAUUCCCUUUAUUCUGUCGGUCUAAACGGUACACGCGUAUUAUUAUAUUGUGUGUAGGUAUUUUAUAAGUCCAAUGAUGCGCCCGGGAAUGAUUAUCAACGGUAGGGCACGUAGCGAAUAAGAAUCAUGAAUAAAUCGUAAAAUCCUCUUCUUUAUACCCAACUCGACUAUGGCAAUGAUUGGUAAUUUAAAAGCCGGAUCCUAAAUAAAAAAAAAAAAAAAAAAGCAAAUUUCUAAUCAAUACAUCGAACUUUUCUACUAUCGUAACUUUUUGACAUUAUAUUACUCGUAUUUUUAAAACAAUGGAGGGAGAGGGGGGUUAGUCCCUAACUUGCACGUGUCACUGAUAUAACUAUCUAACGCAAUAUGCUGAAAAUUAAAAUAUAUUUUUAGUAUUUUCAUUAAUGUGAUGGACUUUUUGUUCGACACAAAAAGGCGAGAAAAUUCGGUAAUUUCCAUUUGUUCCCUCUUUAAAAUAUGUGGUUAGAGGUUUUGAAGAAGAAAAAUCAAAAGGUUAAGCGCUCACAAUAAAAUUACAUGUUGUACUAGCUUUACGAAUUGUUAUUAUUGUUACAAUUAUUUUGAUUGUAUUGAGCGGUAACUCAUAAAAGGUCAGAUUCUAAAUCUGGAUACACAAUUUUUGUUAUUCGCUAGUCUUGGUUAUUCAUUUGGUUAUUGACGUUUUUUUUUAUUAAACAAAAACAAAUAACAUAGUCGUUUAAAUUAAAUACAAAAAAGAAAGGUUAGAUAAUGGAAACGGGUGCAGCCACUGGUGUAGGUAGGUAGUUAGGAAGAUAGGAUACAGACGGGAAUAUAAUGUAGGUAUAUCUGUAAGCAACGAUAAACGAUUGCUUAAAAAAAAACCGAUUCUGAGUGGAGUCCAGUUGAUGCUUUGUCAACAGUAUAUAUGUCAUAUUAUAGUGAAAUAAUUAAAUAUGCUCUAUAUAUUUUCUUUAAUAAUAUUUGUUUAAUGUUGGAUCGAUUUUCCUAGUUUUCCUACGUUUUGUCCGGUUUUUCAAAUUCGAUGAUAAGACUCUUAAAAAAAUUCGAAAAAUGACUUCCCUAAAGGACCUCCCCAUACCGAUUUAAAAGAUAAAAAUAAAAAAAAUAAACAUCUUUGUUAAACCAUAGUUUCUUUGAUCCACUCAGAAUCUAAAACACACGCGCACGAGAUCCAAUCGACAGAAUUGACUCUAUUCGAAACUUGAAAUACGUAACAGUCUUUAUUAAUAUUAUGUCUUAUAGGCACGUCUGUAGAUAUUCGAUUGUGACCAGACUAUUUUUGUAAUAACUUGUAAAAUAUCGUAUUUUAAUUAAAAAUAACAACGCGCACGAAUAAUUCAAACGGAACCGGGUUACAUUGAAGUUGAUUUCCCGUUGACAAUUCGAGAGAAAAGAGAAUUGUUUUUUUUUUUUUUUUUUACAUUUAAUUUACGCGAAUAUUCUUUAUGAAGGCGAAGUGGGUUGGUGUUCAGACCCUCUCAUUCCCCGAAAUAUGUUCUCGAAAUAAAACAUAUCAAACGAUUUUAGACUGGCUGUUGCAUUAAUUGAAACGCGUACACGUGCGUCGCGGCGUCAGUGAAUCAAUAUACGUUAUCUACAUAGUGUUUAUACUGUCGUUAAUAACAAACAAUUGAUAUUGUGCUGUUGACGAGUAGCCUUAAUCAAUGCGCUUUCGUAAUAAACAAACGUUAUACGCGUUUAUGCGAGUACUCUAAAAACCCGGGCGCCGACCACGGCCUUGCUCGAUUUAUUGCCGUUCCGCCGAGAAUGUUCGUCUCUCGAAUUCGCGCGGUAUUCGUUUUCGGAUCACCCGGUACAACGUUAAUACGUUAUGUCGUAAUAACGUAAUAAUAUUGUACGCGCUUAACGAAUCGGUCGCGGUUUACGAUCAAAGCUUGUACGCUGCACUGUAUACACUCGCGGCGAACGCGUAUUAUUUUUAUUAUUAUUAUUAUUAUUUUUUUUUUUAUUUAAGGCGACGGAUUAUAAUUUUAUCGUUUUCGUAUACAUUAUACUCGUGUACGUUUUACACGUUUAUACCUAGUAGUAUACCGCGCCGGUAAUACGCGGCAAUAAUAUAAUACCUAAUAACAGUAAUGUACCACUUACCGUGCGAGCCGUACCCGCUGUAAUAAAGCUGCUAUAUAAUAAUAAUAUAGUCACCUCUAUAUACGUGACACCGCGAUAAUAAUAUUAUUAACCAGUAUUACGAUAAACCGCAGCAGUCAGCCGCCGAUCGGUCCGCCGUAUAUACUCAACUGUAUUGUGUAGUUUUUUAAAAAUAUUUUUCGCGACGACGACGACGACGAAAAUAUUUGUUUUUUUUAUGACGCACGCCGAGGAAUCGUAGGAGUAGGAGGUGGAGGCGGACUCUCCGCGCGCGAUGACUUUACGCGUAUCUCAUCACGCGCGUCACGUCGCCAUAACGCGUAUUGUUUCGGAUAGUAUUUAAUGUUAUUGCCGCCACCGUGCACGCCACACUGUAUAGACGGGGGGAAUGAUGGGGGGGGGCUCGUGAUUUGAACGAAUGUCGUCGUCGACACUUCACUUAUCGACGCUAAAAAUUACAAUAAUAACGCGAAAACGAAACGUGUUAUUUUAUACGUGUACUCGGUAUAAUAUACAAUAGGCAUUUUGUAGUGCACCGACGACUCGCAUAUGAAAUAUACGUAACGAUAUUGUCAUAACAUCAUAUUCGAUCGUACGCGUUGUGCAUCAAUACACGGUGACUUUUUCAUUUUUCAUCAUUGAACACUAUCGUUGCUCACAAAAAGUAUUGAUUUUUUUUUUUUAACUUUUUAACUUUUUAAGACACGCGAUUUUCGACAAAUCGAAAAUAAAACUUCUCGGCCAUAAUAUUUUAAUCGUUCAACUAUUUCACUAUAUCGAUUUUAUAAGAUUUUCGAUGCAAUAACAACCGUUUCAAUUUAAAUACAAUUUAACGUGUAUACAAUUAUUCCGGACGGAAUGUAUUAGGUUAAAACGUAUUUCGGCAUUGAAACGUCAGAUUGAACACGUCGACGAGAUAUUGCACUUUUGAAUUCGGGUAGGGCAAUAAUGAUGGAAUAAUCCGUCUAUUUGUGGAAUUUUCAAUAUAGAGUUUAUGAAAAAUUUAAAGCGGCUGAUGAAAGUUCCACCGUUUAAAUGUAAGAGCGAAAACAUAAUAGUUUUCUUCAGUUAUUGUAGAAGAGCAUGCAUGUGAGAUUUUGAAAAAAAAAAAAAUCGGCCAAACGAUAUACUUUGCACAUAUUAGUUGUCUUAUUUUUUUGAUAAUUUAAGGAAACAAGUAGCUCUAAAAUGUUACAUCACCGUUUAUUUUUUCGUCACUUAACUUUUUGAGGGUGAAACGUCAGUCGACUUUUGAUAUUCAAUCAGCAACUUGCAUUGAAAAUGCCAUAAAUAGUUGGAGUAUUAGUUUUAAUAAAUUUCAGUGUCGACAUUUUUUUUUUAAUUUCCGUUAACCCGUUGACGAGAUAUUCCACUUGAAAGUAUGUGUCCAGGGGGAGGAGCAUUAUUCAAACGUUGUGCGCUGUACCGCCGUAGAAAUGAUGCUCCACAUUACUCUCUUCUAUAUUUAAACUCGUAGGUGAAAUAUCUCGUCAACGGGUUGACGGAAAUAAAAAUUGUAUCCAAACAAACGAUUUGUCUCUUCGUGAAAUUUCUAGUACGAAUCGCCGUUUAAAAAUAUAAAGUAGGUGGUCUGUUCGCCCAACCCCUUAAAAAAGAUAGGGGUAAGACAAAAAAUAACGGUAAUGUAACGUUUUAAAGCAACUCGUUACUAUUAUAUUGUCGAAAAAUAGUCAUCGUUUCCUAUUUUUUCCCGAAAUAUCGCAAAGGUUAUUAUUAUAUAAUAAUAAUAGUCGGGACAUCCUGUAUAUCGUAAGUAUACGUCGACUCGAUACGAUUUUUCGCGUUUUAAAUAUCUCGCAUUCGCGACGACCGACCCGCAUAUUAUUACGGUCGGCGAAGUUGUUGCGAUGAUAAUAAUUUCGACCGUUUUACGUCGGUGUGACCCAAAUAGAUAAAAUUAUUGUUAUUAUUAUUAUUAUUAUUAUUAUUAUAAUUAUUCGUUAUUAACCGCGUUAUUGUUGUAUGCGUACCUUUGCAGUGCGCUGCACCGAAAAUUCAAAACGCGAUUCUCUUACGCGAUAUCCGUGUGCAACGCACGGUUUUGUGUAUACACAUUCUGCAUACAAAUCGCGUUUGCGAAUGUCGUACAAAAUAAAAAAAUAAUAAUAAAAAAUUACACCCGCAGUUAUUAUAUACGGUAAAAGUUCAAAGCGUAUAUUAUAACGUAAAAACAUGUAACCCCUCCCUACCCCCGAGUUAAAAACAACCGGGUUCCGACGAUAAAAACAUAAUUCGGUCUCGUCUACGUCACAGGACCGUUCUCGGUCUCCACGACCCGAGGAUCGUCCGGUUAUCUCUAUAUUUAUAAUACGCGCUAGUGGUCGAUCCGGUAGUCGAAAUCCGACCGUAAUUUUUUACGUUUUCGAGCAUUUAAUUUAAUGUUGUAAUGUUUCUUGCGAUGUAUUAUACUAUUUUAAUUUAUAAAUUAAUUCACACGGAAUAUACCGUAGGCCAUAAUGCCGUAGUGCAAACGUAGACGUAGAGUAUAGCCGUGCGGUCGUAGUUGUGAUAACUGUAAGCGUUAGUGAUAAGACAACCGAAAAGGUAAUAUAAAUUUUUAAAAUACCAAGACAAUAAUAAGACAGCAAACGCGGACUUUUACAUUGACAACACCGCGGGCGAUUACACAUGCCGAACGAUUUUUCGUCAAGAUCUCGAUUGUGGUCGUCAUAUUCUGGUUGAAAUGUCCCCCCCCCCUCUCCCAAUGAGAUUACUUUAAAAUGUCUACUCUGAUAAUAACUGUAAUAUAAUACGCUCAUACUAAAUCUAAUUGUAUUGAACAAUUAUUACACAAUGUAUCGCAAAUCGAAUUUCCGUCGAUACGGCAAAACGGACACCCUGUAUAGUGUCACGAAAAUACAGUUUCCGUUUACUGCAAAGCGUAUAAUAUAUAUAAUAUAAUAUAAUACGGGGGUAAUAAAGGAGAAAAUAAUAAACGUCCGGCCGUUUUAAAACAUUAGUCGAUGUCCCCGUUGCACUUAAAUUUAAUAUGACAGGUGCGCUCGACUUUUUUUUCGCAGUCGUUUUAACUAUACAAUAAUAAUACUAUUACAUUUCUGCAGCGUCGUAUCCAUAUAUAUUCCUACGACAAUAAUAACCACGAUAACAAUAAUAAUAAUAUUAUUAUUAUUAUUAUUAUUAUUAUUAUAUCCGUGCGGGAUCGCGGUGCAGUGUAGACCGGUGUAAUGUGUAUAGUGCACAUGAAAUGUGUAUUUAUUUUUUUCCCCUGUCGUAUAAAUCAAUAAGAAUAAUAAUACACACCCGGAUAUUGCGUAAUACAAUAAUGACAAUUCGAUUGUUAUGGAAAAAAAAAAAUCAUGAAAAUCGUCUCGACGACGGGAAUCUUACUACAGCUGCGCUGGUGUUUGGUUUUUCUAUCGAAUCGUUUGCGUGCGCUGUUCGGCAUUGUGUAACGAUAAUAAUGCGUGCCCCCCAAUAUACGUGCACUCUGUACACACACACACACACACACACACACACAAUAUGUGUAUCUUUACACAAUACUACGCACACUGUAUUAUAUUCACGUCAUAUUAUAAAUAUACUUGACGGGUCUAAAUUUAAUUUUGCCUCGUAAAGGUGUCGCGCACCACACACAAAAGGGAAAGAGUAUAAGCAGGGUUUUUUUUUCACGUGCGUUAAUUCGAGUCGGCGAGGUGGAGAAAGAGAGAGAGAGAGAGAGAGAGAGAGAGAGAGUGAGUGAGUGCAGAGAGACAGAGCAAAAGAAGACCACAAUGAGAAUCGAACAUUUGGUAAACGUCCAACUGCAACUAUUACCUAUAAUACGCGCGCACACCUCUGACGGAGUUUUUUUUUUUCGCCCUCGUCCAAACGCUUUCGAGGGCUCGCGAAAGAACGGGGAGGAAAAAAAAAACUACCCGACUAUAUACUACACACAACACUCGGCAGGAACUGCACGCUACAGAGUUUUUGGUCGUUUGACACGUAUUCCGCACAAAAUGCGAUAACGACGUCGGACCGAGAUAUAUAAUACUCGUAUAAACGUGUAUAUAUAUAUAUAUACUUAUAUUAUAUUUUCCUCUAAAAAAAUAUCUCUGCCGAUCCGCGCGGGGCGAAAUGCAGAAGGCGAAAUUAUCGGAUAAACGACAGUUUUUCAAAAGCCGUAAUCUUCUUUCGCGGAUUUCGGUACAUGGCGGAAAGUUUUAAAACUAAUACCGGGUCGCAAAAUAAUAGCAGCGUAUAUAUCUAUAUUAUAUAAACGUAAACCGUGCACGGUUCGCCCAAGUUUUCUCCAUGUGCGCGAGCAGUCCUCGUAUUCUAUAGAUCAAUUCGGACAAACGUUUAAACGCGCUGUGUACUCCGCAAAAGUCGUGAACCGUAAAAUUCCAUUAGGUUUUAAUAACCGCAUUCUUCGGGGGUAAGGUACGGCGGACGGUGCGCAUUCUUUUCUAUUGUCUACUUGUUUCCCCCUCCCCAUUCCGAUCUGGGGACAUGUCGACAGGAAAUAUAUAUAUAAAAACUGUAGGCCGAUGCGGCGUAUAGAAUAGAUAUUGUAUCGGGGGAGGGGUGGGGGUAAUCUGUAUGGUUUCCGCGUUGAAAGCAACGAUAAAUCGUCGCAAUCAAAAAUCGAUUCUGCGCGGGGCUCGGCAAACUGGUAAUAUACGGUUACGUAAACAGUCGGGUGAUUUCCCCUUGUAAUAGUCUGCCAAUAGCUGACCGCAGAAAUCGGCGAAAACAUGCCGGACGUGUAUAAUUAUAUCGGCACAUUUUGUCGUCGGUUAAUUUAUUUUUAAAAAUAUUUUAGAAAAGCUUUCGGCGGUUGAAAAACGUUUCAAAUAAAGUACGGCCGCCGGGUUAAAAUUAACCUGGAUUUUUUUUUUAGUUACGCCGUGUAAACAAUCUGGAACGUCUAACAGAAAAUGCGUUUUCGUGAUUAAAAAAUAUAAUAAUAACAAAAAGGAUCUAAGGAUGAACUGUUUAAAAUGUUUAUACAAUCCGAGCGUUUUUACUAAAUCGAAUACGUGUAGUCGUACGUACGAAAUCGCAUUAUUAUGUGUAUUCCAUUUUUCCGGCAUAACAUUUGUUCUUGAAACGAUUUAAACGUUGUUUGGUAUUAUUUUUUUUUCACAUAGAAAUUCCCUUUUUCUACGCUGUAAUUUUUUCCAACGUAAAAAACCUUGGACACACACUGCAACUUACGGCAUAUUUUAAUACCUGUCUCGUUGUUGUGAAAUCACCGUAACCGAUUCGUCUAAACGCUAUUCGUAUACAUAUAUUAUCAUAGUAGUGAUUCUUAUUAAGCGCGUGGGGCGUAUAAAGAGUAUGUAUAAUAUUGUAAAACGUCGUACAGAUGUUUAAAAAUUAAUAAAACAUAAAUUUCGUUUAUAAUUAUACCCGCGUUAUAAAAAAAAAAAAAACAGAAAUAUUUACAUAUUUAUUAGAAUUUUUAUUAUUAUUCAACGUGUUUAAAAACCAAUCAAAAUAUUUUUCUUCAGAUUAUAUUUAUUAUUCACAAUGUGUAACACGCGCGGUUCGGUUAUAAUAUUAUUAUUAUCCCGUCCAGUGAAUGUUUUUUUUUCUUAUGUAUAUAUAAUUAAACCGUGCGGCAAAGAGCAAUAUUUUUUUAUAAUAACAUCAUAUUAUUAUGUCGUAUACCUACGUGUCUCUCGUUGACACCGCAGCAUAAUAUAUUAAUAAUUCGAUGUAGAGCUCCGAAGGACAGAAUCGCCUAUUCGAAAAAAAUAAUACAAUCAUUAUCGGAUGACCUUUCCCGAAUCGAAUAAUACGUACGUCUAUGCAAAAAUUUACCUCAUAGAAAAAAAAAAAAAAAACGAAAAAUUUUACCGUAGACAAAUUACAAAACGAUCAAUAGAACUCCGUCACUAUAUUGAGUCGAAUUUUCACCCGUGCCUAUUUCGUUAAAUAGUUUUUCGCGGGAUUUUUAAAACCGCUUAACAUAUGUCUCGUUACUCCGUAAAAACAUACUGAUGAAUUUCUUGAAAUUUCGGGCGGCGGGAAUCUAUACACGCAACUUGCGUACGUGACACUAAAUUUUAGGCGAUUUCCAUAGUUUCACAACGCAACUCCGCGCGUUAUUUUCUACCGGAUUCGAUGGGUUUUGAAAAUAUUCGUUAUCACGUAAAAUUAAAUUCGUAUAAAAAUUAUAAAACAUCGCUUAACGAGCGAAUCGAACGUAAUGUUCCGCGACUUCUGUUUACUGAUUUGGAGUCCCUCCCCACAAUACGUUCCGGCCAAGGGCCCCGCGUAUACCGAAAUCCGGUCUGGGCUUUUAUCCGCGACUUUGUCCACGCAGACUUUUAUAAUGUAACUUUUCCGUACGAGGGGUGUACACGAAAGGUAAAUGUAUAGGCUGUAUUGACGUGUACACAUAAAAAAUACUCCUAAACAGCCGGAAAAAAAAAGUAACAAAUAUUUUCAAACUGUUCGUAUUGUACAUAGUCAACUCAAAUAUACGACACGAUUUUCCCUCGAGAUUCGCGGUAUUUUUCUAUUAUGCUCCUCUAAAAGUUACCCGCGUCUGUUUUACAUCGGCCAGUAUACUGAAACUAAAAUCGCCCGUUGUUUACACACAUAGAGUUAAUUUUUUCACACAAAAUUUGACAUCUAUUUUCGAUCCUUGCGGGGUUGAAUUUCCGCGGGAUCGGCCGUAAUCGUGUUUAACUAUACAAUUUUAUUCGAUGGAAUUAUCAACACAAAUAUUUUUUCGGUUAUCAAACGCGUUCCAACUCCUUGUGGCUGAAUAUUGAAAAAUCAUUCCUUAGUAGACCGCUACAUUUUAAAAAACCUCUGUAACGAAAUUUCCUAGUUUCUAUAGACAAGGCGGUUCGAGUUAUGCUUUGAUACGUACGUCAAUCAGUUUCUUCUUUUAUACGAGCAUAUUAUACGCUGGUCUGCGAAAAAGGUCUUAAAAAAAAUAUCUUAACAAACAAAAAUAGUCGAGAAAUUUAAAAAUGCUCUAUAAUUGAUUUAAUUUAUUUAAUACAGUUUACUAAUAACACUAUACAAAAACGAUUAACACAAAGUAAUUUUUUUACAUAAUAUAUGUAAAAUUGUAUUUGAAAAAAAAAAUACUUGUAAAGUAUAAGAAAAUUGUAUUCAAUACGUUAGAACCGUCAGAGGUAUAGGGGAUAGGGGUCUUUUAAACCACUCUACUGUUUUUGAUUUUUUUUUUUUUUAAUGUUUUUCAAGUGAUUUUUUCAGAGCUUUAUUGCCGUUACUUCCAGCGCUUUUUUCGCGGACUCUGAGUCGGCGUUUUAAAUCCGGGCACUAAUAAUAAUAUUGACGGUAAAUAAAAUAAAUAAAUAAUAUUAACGGUAUUUUUGUUAAACGGUUUUAACGAAAAAAAAAAAAAUAAAAAAAGGAAAAAGGUGAAAAAAGUUCGCACCGCUGGAAUAUUUUAAAUAUAUAUACAAGUAGGUACCUAACAAUUAAAACCCGCAUUAUAAUAUAUUCGUUUGGGUUCGGGGAAAAAAAAACUAACAAUCUCACGAGUACCACCCUCGUCCUACUCGUCGCGCGUUGAAGUUGUUUUUUUUUCGUUUAUCAUAAUUUCCGCCGCGGUAAGUCGAAAAUGGAAAUUUGUUCAUAAAUUAUAAUAAUACGCUCACUCGCGGAAAACGAGAAGACUGCGGUCGUUUACGGCGCUAUACAAAAAGCGUUUGUCGAUUUUUUUUUUUUUUUUGUAAGUGGACGUAUUAUUGUUUACGCGCGUGUACAUGAUAAUAUUAUUAUUACGGUUUUUUUUUUCAUUUUUUUUUUUUAUUAUUAAUAAUCGGUCCGUUUUCGAUGUAUAGUCGGCACAGUUAUACAAUAUAUACUAUUAUAUUAUCAACGUGGGAACAAAUUAAAAAAAAAAAUAUAUUAUUAUAAUAAUUUAGCGGCCGGCCGACGUUUUAUGUACAUUAUAAUCUUCGCGGGAUCGAUUUUUCCCGAACCGCGUUAUUAUUUACCGAUUUCGAACCGCUCGACCGCACAAUAUCAAUGCGAAAAUAUAAUAAUCGAUACCGCCGAUGCCUUUAAAUGUAUACGACCCGGAUACGAGUUUUAACAGUAGAAUAAUAUACUGCGGGGGCGCCGAGCAAAAAGGACACGAAAAUAUAUCGCGUCGGCACAGUCGGAACGUUCCAGGUCGGACGCGAAACGGUUGGUUUUUUUUCUUUUUUCUAGUAUCAAUCUUUCGAAUCGUUUUAUGUGAACCCGUUCGAGAAAAUCGACCGAAUUCACGAUUUCCGGACGAUUCGUCUCGUAUUGCGUCCCGCGUUAUUUCCCGAUUAACAUCCGAACGUAUACAACCGUGUAGUGGCGUGCGUAGAUGUUAUGUACACGCCCCCCUACCCCCGUUGGCCUAAAACUACAAAAAAAAUACGAGUAAUCUAUUAUCGAAACGCUUACAUUUCGACCGAGUUACGAGCGAAAACUUGAUGUAUUGAUAAGAAAUUGGCUUUUUUUUAGGAUCCGGCCAGGCGCGGAUCCUGUGCAAAGAUCUGAGAGGGAAGCCGACAAUUUUUUUACAGCGAAUACAAUUAAUAUAAUACAUUAUGUGUAUUAUUUUAUCAUGCAUAUCUGUGAUUGGAAUAUCAAGGUAUCAAGAUCAAUAGAACUAUAAAAAUAUAAUUGGAGAAAUAAUAUGUCGGGGAAAGGCCUUGGCCCUUAGGCCCCCCUGGAUACGGCUUUUAAAUUACAAAUUCCCAUAUUCGAGUUGGGCACAGCGAAGACGAAUUUACGGUUUAUUCGCGAUUUUUAUUUGUUACAUCCCCUCCCAUUGAAAAUUCUUGGACACACAACCGUGCACACACGUGUCGCGUUUACACUUAUAUUCGCGUGUUUCGCGUUAUUUUUCGCGUAUUCGCACUAGAGAUUUUGCGUCGUAAAUCCGGAUUCCGGAUAUCAAAAUGAUUCCGAUUUCGCGUUUUCCAAACGUGUUAAAAUAUUACGGAUGGUUCUUUUUUUUUUUUCUAAACCAUACGCGAAACGUCCGAAAGAAUCACGGUCCGAGACCCGGAUUUUUAACACGGGUUUUCGAUCCCGAAAUCCGAAAAUCCGGAUUGUCAAACGGUGCGGCGUCCGUCCGGAUUUCCCCCCGCGCGAACAAAGCCCGGAACGCGUAUAAAAGCGGAUAGUGUAAAUUCACGUGUAAUUUCGUGUGUAUAAUACGCGGACGCGGUUACACGUUUUUCGUUCGACCGUAAUGAUACACGCGUGCGUUCACGCGGUUUUUAAUCGACACUCUCGUUUUGCGGAUUUUUCGCCGUGCGGUCGGUCGACCGACCGACGACGACGAUGACGCUUGUAAACGCCAACAGCGCCUUUUCCGGGUCGAUUUACAACUCCGCUAUCGUUUUUCUCAUUAAACCCGCAGGUAUAAUAAACGCUCUUAUCUCGGCGCGUGUGUGCGUGUGUGAUAUACGAUAUAUUAUACGGUCAUAAAUCAACACGCGGGGACGCCCGAGCGGUUUAUCCCACCCGAUACCUACCGCCGCGCGUGUAAAAACGUAUAAUAUUAUAAGGCUGUCCGGCCCCAGCAUCCGAAACAUCAAACGGCGGCGGCGGCGGCGGCGGCGGUACGCUAGAAAGCGGCGCGGGCGCGGCGUCGCUCCGGACGUUUCGAAGACGAGAUGAAUAUUCGAGAAGACAUUUAGGUUUUGAAGACGCGCUCGGACGGGGCCUGCGUAAGCCGAAUCGGUUCCCGUUUCGAAUUUGUCACGUUAUCCGCUUUAAUAAUAAUACACCGACCGAAAGGACCGGGAAGUAAGCGCGGCGGAAACCGAGCCGUUACCCGCGGUCACCACUUAUAUAAUAAUUAUAAACGGACGGACGUACUUUGCACGAUCAGCGGGCGACCGCCGCUGUUGUAUAUAGAUGACAGUUUUGGGAAGGUAACGGCGAAUUAACCGUUAGCCGAUUCUGAGCGGAGUUCGGUUCUACGUGCUACGGUUUAGAAAGGCCGUUGUAAUUGCGAUUUUCGUUAAAAUUUGAAAUGCUUAUGAGAAAAAAUAUUGCACGUUACGAUUUUUUUUUUUCCAACACAUCCCGUAAACUUUCCCGGUUUUUUUGCCAAAUAUUAUGGAAACUCCUUAGAAAAUCAAAAAACAACUUCCCUAACGUACCUUUCGUCUCCCACACACGGUUGCCCUUGUAUACGCGUGUUAUAGUAAACAUGGUUAUCACGGUCCGUAUACAUAAUAUCACAGAUAACCGCGACGAUAAAUAAUAAUAAUAACAAUAAUAAUAUUUAUUGGACGGUCCGGGUAUAUAUGUCAACGCGUAAUAUUUCUCGCGCGAAAAUACAUAUUCCGGUUCGAAAAUGUCGAAACGUUUCGUAAUAAUGCAGACGUGGUACAAAUUCCAGGAAUCCGGCGCGGCGUUUUUUUAUGUCCUCAUAUUUUGUUCGUAUUCCAAUGAAAUCGCGUAUUCGUCGCUAUAUUUCUGGAUAUAUAAUCGCGUAUAUAAAUGUCACGUGUGUUCGUUGAUAUUCAUCGGAUCGGUUAAAAUUGCAUUUCGUUCGCGAAAGCCAUUUGAUAAAUGGAUAAUUGAAUUUUGUCGAGAUACAAUGCUAUGAUAUUAUUAUAAUUGCUACGUCAACAGUAUACAAACACGAAAAAUAUAUUCAAUUUGCAUUAUAUGAAAAUAUUGUCACUGUAAAUCGUAUACUGUAUUAAAUUGUAAUAAAAAAAAUAAAAUAAAAAUAGACGGACAUACUUCGCACGUGGGUGCAACCACUGUAGUAGGUGGGAAGUUGGGCAGUUAGGAUACAGACGGGAAUUCAAUUUAUAUCUGUAAGCAACGAUAGACCAUUACUAACGAAAAAACGAUUCUGAGCGGAGUUCAGUUGCUAAUGUUGCUUUGUCAACAAUAUAUAUGUCAUAUGAUAUAUCAUAUUGUUAUAUUAAAAUGAUUACGACAAUGUGCGUUUCCGUGACAACAAUGAUUAUUUAAAAAAGAUUUAAAAUAAUAAAAACUUAAUAAUAACAAACAAUAAAUAAAAAAACGGAUGCCAAUGACAACCUAUUAUUUUUAAUCUUCCAAUCUUUUUUAACCCAAAGAACCGAGUUUUCCUCAUUAUUUCGAAUAUUAAUGAGAAAUGCAAAAAAAAAAAAAAAGACCUCUCUAAAGUAUCACCCAGACAACAUUUUCACUGAUGAUUUUACCGUAUAAACCGUAUGAUACAUAUAUUGUAUUAACUUCUAUAAAAAAACGGAUGCCAAUGACAACCUAUUAUUUUUAAUCUUCCAAUCUUUUUUAACCCAAAGAACCGAGUUUUCCUCAUUAUUUCGAAUAUUAAUGAGAAAUGCAAAAAAAAAAAAAAAAAAAUGUUUCUUUCGUUCUACAUUCAAGCGGGGUCGCCGUUUCGUAUCGGUUAAAUCAUUCAUCGAAACCGAACGAAUAUCACAACGAACGGACGGACGCCAGUUUCAACGCGACCGAAAACGACCAUCAAUAAUUAUUUUUCCAGUCGUUAAGGAACGUGUUCCCAUACUUUGGGUGGUUUUUUUUUUUUUUUUUUAUAUAUAGCGUUCACCGGUAGUGCUUCGAACAAUAUUUCCGUUUUUAUUCAUUUCAUCGGUCAUCGUUCACCGGGCGUGUUAAACGUCAUCGUUUCGGACGGGCCGGGUUAUUUCGGGUUAUUCCGUGAUAAAAGUGACACGGUCGUCGUACUUUUAAGCCGCCGGAUGAACGGUGUGACGGGAGGGGGGGGGUUGGAGACACGACGCCUAAUACCCCCGCUCGUCGCGCGCGUCGCCGAGCGCGUGUUACAUCGCGUCGCGUUCCGAUUCGUACGGUACGUGGGUGACAGGUGAAUUUCAAACACUCGGCCGGCGAUCGCGGGGUUCGACGGCCCGCGUCCGUUCGUUAACGGCGCGCGUACGUACGCGUUCCCCCGAUAAAAGCGGCGCGGCGCGCGAAUUUCGGUCGUUCCAAUUGUAAACGGAUUCGCUGUAACGGGCGCGUUCGCGAAUCCACACUUGCGACGCGUUCGCGCAGCGCGCGUUUAACAUUUAAUUUUUCGACGCCCGCGAUAGUAUUGUGCCGACGGAACCGUAACGACGGGUUUUCGUCGCUAUACGCGUGUAUAGCAGGGCGCCGAUAUAACGGUACGGAAACCACGGGGGGGUGGGGUGGGGGAGAGGUUAUCCCGGGUGGGGAGGUUCGAUCCGCCAAUCGCCCGACCUCCGUCUCCCUUCUCACCCGCCAGAUAACCGCCGCGUCACUGCGUUACACGCGAUAAUAUUACUGGUCGACAACAAUAAAUUAUGGUUACGCGAAAUGCGCCGUCGGUCUCGCGUUUUGGGACACGGUUCACCCCGGAGGUCGCGUCUGCAGGCGACGGCGCAAUAACCAAAUGUGUACAGGGUGGCGUUUUUCUUUUCUUUUUCAUUUAUCACCCGGUUCGGCCGGAUUGUCCGCGAACAUUUCGAGAGAAAUCGUAUAUUUAGACUAUAAUUUAAUAAACGUGUAUAUAUAAUAUUAUAAUAAUACGCCGAAAUAACGAUACAAUUAUUAUUAUUUACAGGAUCGCGGUUAGCCCGGAGCAGUGCAUACAGGGAAGGGCGGUUAUCGUCUCUGCAUAAGGUAUCUAUACACACGUGAAAUUUAUUGUACCCGCAUGAUAUAAUAAUAAUUAUCCUCUGUACAUUAUACCGAGCCGCGUGACAUUUCGAAAACGUCGCGAAUAAUACCGCGGGGAGGUGGGGGAGGGGGCCGGAGGAAUAAACGGGGAGAUGUCCGCGACGGCCGAACGAACGGACCCAACGAAUUCGUUUAUCGUUCGGAAAUCUUCGCGCCUCUAUAAUAUGUAUAUUUAUACUCGCAAUAUACCGGCCGGUAUACGACGGCCGGAUCGCGGUGGGGGGGGGGUGUGUGGAGGGAAAUUCACCCUGUACAACGAAAGAUUCGCAGCGGAGUAUUCCCCCCUGGAAUAUAAUAUAAUAUUAAUAUCGUAACGAGAGAGUCGCACUGCGAGACGUCACGACAUUCGCGUAAGCCGGCGAGCGUUUUCCGAUUAUUCCGAUUCGUGGCGUUCGACAACCCGAGAAGAGUAUUAUUCGCGUGUGCUGCACAACUUUCGAGUGGCGACUGUACGGCGGCGGCAUAUAUUAUUUAUUGCGUCGUCGUCGCGGUACUGGCGUGUAGGCCGCGAUAUUGUACAGGGUGGACAAAAAAAAAAAAAAUCAACAACAACAAAAUCGCGAAAUCAAAAGUUACGCGUGUAUGUACGCAGUACAUUUCAUACGAUUCGUACUGUCGAAAAUACACCGCAACUACUGGUUCACGUCUGUCCUUUCGCCUCCUCUCCCUCCCUCCCCCCCUCCCCCCGAAUAGUCACGGGAACCUAAAGACGCUCAUUAUUGUCGCCGGGCGGUGGCGCCAAACCUACGAGUACAGGUUGGAUUUUUUUGGUGAGCGACCGGUGCUAGUGUUGGGAAAUAUACGCGGUACACGAAUACGGGGUUUUCGUAUGGAAAAUGUAACUAUGAAAAAUAGUAGUGCGAGCUGAAUCGCUCGUAUUGGCCAAAUUAUACACUGCGCUCAAAGACAGGGCCUGGUUAACCCGCACCGAACUGAAAAAGCUGCAGCCUAGGGCGCCGUCAAAUGGAAGGGGGGAGAGGGUGGGGUGCGAUAAAACAAUUUUUUUUUUCUGAUUUUUUCGGUCGCGCAGGCCGAUAACGUGACAAUGAACAUUUUUUAGGUGCCUAUAGAUUUACAAUAAUAUUUUGAUUUUUAAAUUUUUUUUUAUCGACUACGAUAAUUGUUUUAUAAUUACUAAACCUUCAUAAUUAUUAUUGUUCAACUCGUUUAAAUAAUAUACACGAGUAUAUAAAUAAUUAAUCCGUUUACAGUAACCGAUGAUUUAUUCAAAAUAUCGUAUAAACGUUAACUAUAUACGUAUUGUAAGUGUUUUUAUACGUUACUAUACAUAGUUUUGGUAAAUUCGUGAAACGGGCGCUUUAUUAGUCGCGUCUUUUGCCCGUUCUACACGAAUCGGGAAACCCGCUCGGCCGAUUUCCCCUACGGCGUAUAACUUACGAGUGUAUCCAAAGUGUUGUUUAUUUUUUUCCGUUUGACGACGGAUAAAAGGCCCCCGGGCCGACGAAACGAACGCGGGACUUUGAGAAUAAACGGUCGAUUCUCGAUUUCUUGUCGAGAUUUAGGCGUGGGCGAGUGUACUCGUUAUGAAAAUAACCGAAUACCAUGCUCGGUAAAUACGAGUUUUAAAUUAAAAUUGUCGGAACGGCAGUUUGGCAAUAUUAAACAAAUUUCGAAGGGGCGGGUACUGGGCAGAUUGCUUUUAGUUUCGUCUCGCCCCGCCGUAAAAGGCCGAAUUUAACGACGUAUUACGCCCGACCUAUUUUCUCCCGUUCGGGCGCGAAAACUCCGCUCGCGCAGUUGCGGACGAGGUUCGUCCGCGCGCCGGGGAAGAAAUCUCCGCGUACAGGUAUAACCGGGAAAUUGUUCGGGUAACGCCCGCGGGAAAAAUCUCGCGCCCGCGCUCAAUAAUAUGUAGGGGUUUCCUCGGCGGGUAUACCGCGCGAGGGGACCCGGCCGCGAAUUUACGAGAUUAUACCGGGGCGACACGAGACGUGAGCUGCUGCUGCUGCUGCGGACAAGGGAGAAAACGUAUCAAAACCGCUACGUAUAUACCCGGCACGGCGGGACAGAAAAGGGUCUCACCCUAUAUAUAAUGGGUAUAAAUAAUACGAUGUAUGUAUUAUUAUCGAUACGAUGUGCUGCCCAUAAUCUAUAAUCGAAUAAAUACAAUAUACGCGCACCGGUGCCACGCGGGGGCGGGCGAACGCGCGGCGGCGACCGUCGUGCAGUGUGUGCGUGCGCGCUCGAGCCCCCCUAAAAUCAGCGGCGCGUUCCGAAAUAACGCAGCUGCCGCGUCUUCGCCCUCCGCCCUCCGCCCUCCUCCCUCCUCCCUCCCGCUCCACCCCCGAAGACGACGGCGGUCCGGUGCAGUUCCGCCCGAGGGGGCGAAUCGUCGGGGGACGUGUGGCGGUGGAAAUAUUAUUCUAUAAAAACCGCGUACACAUCAUCGUAUACAGGGGCGGGCGGGAACAAAAGGAACGGACCGGCGGCGCGACGACGACGGCGGCGACCGCAUUAACGGCGCGCGCGAUUCCCGUUUCGCGCGAAUCCGGUUACGCCUCCCCGCCGCCGCCGUGUCACCCCCCCCCCCCCCNCCCCCCCCGCUAUUAUAUAUAUAUAUAUAUAUAUAUGUAUAUAUGUGUAUAAAUAUAUGUUUACGACGCAGAUUAAUGUUAUUGUUUGUUGUUAUAGUAUCGUCGCGCAAACACGCAUCAUAUUUUCGCGUUGCACACGCGAGUCCGUUGUUGUUGAUAUUAUUAUUAUAUUAUUGUAUUCACACACGCGGUAAUACGCCGGGUAUUAACUGCCGUAACGCGACCGUCCCGACGUCUGUCGGGAAACGCGCGGGGCUGCAGCGGUAAGCGAACGCGUUGUGCACUCGAAAAUAAUAUACGGGCGAACCGUAAUGUCUCGGCGUUUUUACGAGUGUACGCGCGGCUGCAGCCCGUCCCAGUCUAAAUUACCGCGAUCGUGAUUUCGGACUUAAAAUUUGAAUGAUUACAAUUUUAAUAUUCGAACUUUUGAUUUUUUUCGAACGGACGAACGGUAGGUGCAUAAUACAAUACUUAAAACGAAACGUCCCCAAUAGAUAAUUAAAUACAAUAUCUUUCGGAUAUCGUUUAAAAAAAAAAAAAAAAAAAAAAAAAAAAAAAAAAAAAAAAAAAAAAAAAAAGGUGUUCUAUAUAACGCGUAAAAAACACACGAAAAAUCAUCAAUAAAAUGACCUGAAAUACACGUGUAUAUUAUUAUCUAAAAAUGGGAAUAAAAGAGCGAAGUGACAGUUCAGAGUUUUGUCUCCUUUUUGAUUCGACCGUUUUCAUUACCGAAAUAUACGAAACACGAACUACGGUAUCGUUUAUCCCGUUUACCUAACGAAUAUCGUCAAAACUAACAGUGUACGCGAAUUAUCAGAUUUUCAUUUUUCAAAUCAUAAAACAAGAUUUUCCUCGUCACAUUUUUUUUUUUUAUAACAUUUUGUUCGCUUUAUUUUUUGGCCUAAAGCGGUGUAAAAUAAUAUAUGUAUAAUCGAAAUCGAAUUCGCUCGUGUUGAAAAUUGUAAGAUGGACAAAUUGACCAAAGCUCUUCUUCUCCUGGUAUCAAAUCAUGCAAGUAAUAAAACAAUUAAUAUUUAAUAUCAACUAAAAUAGCGGAGAGGGGCCAUGGCCCCUACCACCACUCCCUUUGCGCAGGAUAUAAUAACAAUUUAUUUUUUAUUUCGCCAUAAAAAUCGGCAUACGAGUCGUAUGCAUCGUCACUUUAUCGAGUGUGUCGGAUUUUUGUGUUUUUCGACCGCGUCUCGAUAAUUUUAUCGAAAAUAUAUUUUUGUUUCCCCCCCCCCUUCAAAAAAAAAAACUAUUUAACGAUUUAAACACACACACACGACGAUAACUUUACGUGCAUAUUUUUAUCCGUGAAAUAUUUAAUACAUAAUAAUAACGUUACAUACGAUAUACGCACGUGCCCACGUGUGUAAACAUGACGUACCUACCCUUCGCGACCAACUAUAUAAUAAACUUUCCGAUGUAGUGCCUCCUCAAUCCCCACAAACCUCAACCCCGAACCCCGUCGUCGCGAGCACGGAAACCGUGCGUGCAGUACGUCUGCGAAACACUUUUCACGUGACUCUUAUGUUAUUAUAAUUUCCUCUCCCCCCCGAACAUAUUCGCCUCUAGAAGACACACGAUACGAUACACGUAUACACAGUAUUAUUAUUUAUUAUAAUGAUAAACCAGUAGGUACGCGGUGGUAUACAGCGCGAUCAUAUUUUCGUACCAAAUAUUUCCGCCUAAGAAGAACGCUAAAAUACACACGCGCGUCAGUUGUCCCCGUCGUACGCAAACGGACGACGACGUGGCAAAUUUACGUUCAACACAGCCGAUUUUGCACUAUAGAUUUUAGUAUCGGAGCGAAUUGGCCUGUUAUCAAACUUAAAGGGGAGAACGAUAUAUUAUGUGUCGUAAUAUUUCAAAAAUACGUCUUACAUCAUGAAAACAUCGAGAGUCAGAAACAAAUUCGGAUAUAAGUCUUAGUUCAAAACCAAUAGUGUUUAAAAAAAAAAAAUUAAAAUAAAAGCUCAAAAUCGGUUCUGUUGAAUGCAAAUUUACUGUGUCGCACGUUUGUAUUGGGACAAAGACUACGACAAUAAUACUCGUGUAACUACUAAAGUGCUCGUAAAUAUGGUUUUCGGAAGGUGAUCAAGAGUCGAAGAUUUCCAAUAUAAUUCGCUGUUUUUGCGGAAAUCAUAAGCGAUAAGACUGAUGGGUCGCACUUGGCUGCGCCAACUCCGUCCUUUAUUAUAACGUCCGAUAUCGUAUAAUGUAUUAUAAUAAUGCGUUUUACGUGAUGAGCUCUUAAUCGCCACAAAAACGGUGGAAAACGAUCGGAUCGAUAUUUAUGUGCGGGGCGUAAAUCUGUAAAUUGAAAUACACGGUCGACGAUAGAUUUCAAAUAAUGUUUAACCUUUUCGGUGCGCUCGUGCGCGAUAAAAUUACGUUUUCUUAAACUGAGACGCUUAUUUUUAUUACCGCGUGUUCGAAUAGUUUUUCCGCGUAUCUCGAAAACCGACCGAGAUACCGAGCCAAAUUGUGAAGUUGAUUAAAAAAAAAAAAAAAAAAACGCAGAAUUUAUUUAUAUAUACCACUUUGAAAAAUCGACUUUAUCUAUAUAUGGGUAUAAGAUAGUUGAGAUAGAAAAAAAUCGUAGGUACCGGUAUCGGAAUCGUUCGAGAGAAAAAAUAUACGACUGUUCGAACCCGGUGCUAAAAAUAUAAUACAAGUGCAGUUUCCUUUUUAAGAAAACUCGUGAGUUUUUAUCGCGCGCCGAAACGGUCAAACAUUUUAUCGGAAAACGCGUGAAAACCUACCAAGGUAACACGUCUGGAUUAAAAAAAAAAAAAAAAACUCCCGCAAAACAAUAGCUUGGUCGUCGGAAAUAUUGUCUGUUACCCUCCCCGAAAAGCGAUCACGCUGUAUAAUACGUACGAUUAUUUAUACGUCAAAAGGGGAGAGGAUAUAUAGUGGCGCGUUAAGAGAAGGUAAUCGUUCCGUGACCGGAUACGGUACGAUGAUGGUAUCGACGCUUUUGCCAGAGUACUGUAUAUCAUAAAGUAUACACGGCCGUUUAGGGGAGUUUUUUUUACCGAAAAUAUAUGCCAGUAUAUAUUAUUGUAAAUACUCGUGUAAACCGUCGUCACGGAAAACAACAAAAAACGUAUACCUGAUGAGUAGGCCGUUUACUUCGCGGACUGACUGGGGGAGGGGUGGGGGUACCGUCACAGAGCAGUCUCCGGUCUGGCAUUUCGCGACCGAGAAACACGUGCGCGUUUUGUACGUACGAUAAUAUAUGGCUGAGCCCCGCGAACGCAAUACGAUUCCAAACUUGUACGGCGGUGUUCCCACAUGAUAUAAUAAUACCUGACGUACACGAUAUAAUUUAUGUGUGUAAAUUUUUUUUUUUUUUUAAUUUCUUACAUACGAGAUGACGUGUGCAGCGAUGAUGCUAAUAUACUGCGAGCGCGACCGCCGGCCGUUAUUUUAUCGCAUAUUUUUUUACAAUUUUUUUUUUUUUUCUCCACAAAUUCCUAUAUUUUAUUUAUACAUGUAUGUAUACACGGUUGUUAAAUAUUAUACCGCAGUGUUCUCUGAUCACAUCCAUACCGGCGGCGUAGCGGGGGAAUAAGGAGGAUAUAUCCCCCCGCGAACCGUAUUUCAUUAUAGGUAUUCGGUGCUUAUUAUUCGAGUGUUGACUGCGUUUUCAGUUAAUAUAAUAUUAUAUUUGUUCCGUUUCCGCGAAAAAACGUUUCCUACACGUUUUUAAUGCGAAUAAACGUUGCGCAAACAAAAUAUAGACUCAGCGAAUCGGCCACGGCUGGUGUAUACCUAAAUAAAUAAAGAGGAAAUUAAUGAAAAUGAUUUGACUAUAUGGCCUUUGCGUAAAAUUCCCCCAAAAAGAUACGGCUGUCGAAUAAUUGGCGUAAUAAUAGCGUAUAAAUAUAACUAUAUGACAAUAAGGGGCGUAUCCGAAACGGUUCUCGUUUAAAAAAAGGUAUUUUAUGAGGGCGAGUCGAAUUGGUUCUUGUUCAAAUUCGUGAUGUAUCUUCUACCGGUCGAAUUGGUGGUUUCCACUGUUCGCAGUAAGACAUGUCGAAAAUUUACAUUUCCCUUCCCAUUCUUACAUGCCUAUUAGGACUGUCGACUUAGAAUAGAUUUUAUACUGUAUAGAAACGAGAUAUUUUUAUUUUAUUAUUAUACUAUUUUUUUUUUUUUAUCUAUUUUUCUUUAAAGUACCCUGAUACAUUGAUAAAACCACUUUUCUAUGUUUUUUUGGGGGGAGGGGAGUCGAAGACUAGACCGAGAUCAAACAUUGAACACAUUACGAACGAUACGUCAUAUAAAAUCGCGUCGUAAAUAAAGUACUUUGUUCGGGGUCGGUGUUUUUUCGUUUAAUGGGGGUAGGAGCAUUUGCCUCCGGCAUCCCCCCUUACUCUGGAUGGAUCCGUCCUUGACUCUGGACGAAUCAUAAAGCAGGGGGUGCGUGAGCAAUAUCGAUUAAUACUAUCAACUACAGAUACCACAUCACGUGCACCAUCAUCAUCGCCGCACGCCGAAAUGUACGCCCGAAAGGUCGAAACUAUCGAUACGCAAUCGCGUAAUUAAUUAUUAACGGAGAUAUAAUAUAUUACUGCUGACGGAUAGCCGUCUUCUCUAUUGUACAAUAAUUAUUGGACGCGUAUCAGAACAGCCAGUGAUUUUCGUAGAUUUUGGUAUUUUUCAGGUUCGCAGCGAUGAACGUAACGGUUUUACUAUGUAGAUAUAUGACGUAUGUUAUUUGUCUACCCAAAAAUCGCGAUUCGAUUUUAUCCGUCGUAGCUUUCUGAAUGCAAAUUUCAUCAAGUCAGUACGUCUUUUUGUUUCUUGUUUUUCCUAGAAAUUGUCUCGGUAAUCGGAAAUAACCGAGAAAAACGGAGAAAACAUACGGAGAUAACGGUUUCGUUAUGUUUUCAAUUUUUUUUUUUUUAUUUUUUUUUUAUUUUUUUUUUAGUGCUUGUAAUUCGGUUAAAAAUAAUCACAGAAACGACUCGAAAUGUUUCCAAAAUGCAUUAUAAAUCAGUGAUUUCCAGACGAAUUUUAAACUGUAGUUUUUGCUACAGACAUAUUUGAUAUUUUCGUGUUAUUUUACAGUUUUUUUUUAAUAAUAAUUUUAGUAAACCUAUUUCAUAAUUAACGUGAAAUUAUUUCAUGUCGUACAUAUCGUUUAUAACAACGUGAAGUUCCCGCAGAAACACUAUACUGUAUACUAUUUUUGAGUUUUCUUUAUAUCUUCAUUAUGAAAUCGAUUGUUUAAAUUUAAGCGCAGACGAAUUAUUACGUCAAUUCCGGAUCGCACGGUCUCAACAAAUUGCUGGGGAGGUGCAAGCAGUCAUUACGAAAUAAAAUCUGUAUUUGUCGGUGAUUGCAGAGUAUCGGAGACUGCAAUUGAUAGAAUUGACCUCGAUGAUCUUUUUUUGUUUUUUUGGUCAUCAUGUUUUGUUAAACGGGGGAGAGGGCAAAGAUUUUUAAAAAUCUACAAAGGGUAGAAUAAAAGAAGUUGGGAAUCGCCGAUUUAAAUAUUUCGACCAAAGGUGUAAUAUCGAAAAAUCUACGUAAUUCAAUUUUGAUCAGAAAUAAUAUCGAAACGUAAAUAUUGAUAAGAGGGCACAUACUAUGUUUAACGAUUGGACAGCCGUGCGUACUUGUACACAAUAAUAUGAUUAUCACAGUUGAUGGUUAUUUCGAUGAUUAUAGUGUACCCGACCUCGAAUCGCACUGGGACCGGAGACUUGGCGCCGAGCCGAAAAGUCUACGCGAUGCCCGGCCCUCGACCGGUCGUCGAGCGGCAUCCGCCCGCCGCAAAACCCAAUUGAAUUUUACCUCGCGCACGAUAAGUUUUAUCGCAGGCCAGCCCGCCGUGUAUUAUAGAUUUAUUUUUGCCCUUCCCUUCAGCCCCUUCCCUUAAUUUUUAAACGACUUGCAUUCCGCUCGGGACAAUCGAUAUUCGGACUCGGUAUCUCGCCCAUGUUCAUUACGUUCAUAAAAAUACAACCGCGAGAUGCGCAUAUACUACGGGAGGUGCGGGAGGCGGCGAAGGCGAUGCCCGACAGCGGUCGCAAAACGAUCAGUUCUCUCUCCCCCCUGCCCCCCGUUCCUCUACCCUUUGUGGUUUUGGCGACGUUCCCCUCCCCCCCCCGUCGUAAAUGUUGUUUCCCUCCGUGCACCUCAAGCUUUCCCGAGGAGAAAUUAUGACCGCCGCGUACAAAUAACGGAACGACCUUUUAACGUGUAUCUUUACAGUAUUACACGUGGUCUAAUGUCAUAUAAAUUUUCGCGAAUAUGCGUUUUUGAAACGAUGGUCGAAACUAAAACGUGAGCUGGAUCCGUUCGGUUCGAUUCGGUGGCAUUCGGACAGGUCAAGACGUCGAUUUUUCACUUUUCGUUUCAGGUCUUCUCCGCUCGGUCGUAUUAUUAUUGUAUAUGUUUACAUCACGCUAAACGAUUUUACUCUGUGGCAGAUCGCCAGACUAGGCGAGUGAUGAUGAGACGCUGCAUCAUCUAUGCUCGUGUCGCAAAAAAAUACUAUACAUAAUUUAUAUUAUAUAAAUACGCAGUCUUCGGAUAGUUUAAAAUGGAUAUCGUUUCAGCCCAAAACCAACAAAUAAUGGGUAGGUAUCUAUAUAGGCGUAUUUUGUCGAUUUUGUGUUUCGAAAGACUUUCUAGUUUACUGUAUAUAGUUUAACGGACAAACAGUUUUUGCGAUAUUGUUUACCGUAAUUGUUUGAAUGCGCUUUUCGACAACUUGCAGAUUACUGGGAAAUCGGCAAACAAUUAAAAACUAUACGUUUACUUACUAAACAAAACGUUUUAUAGCUACAUCGCAGCCGAGUGAUCAUAGCGAUCUCGAUGUACUGCAAACCGAAAACUAUACAUCGCCAAAACACGUCUAAUAUUUGGUCCCGAAGAAAAAAAGCUCAAGUCAAUCGGUUAUAACAUUUUUAGACAAUUUAUCUUCGUAAUAUUUUCGUAUUUUUUUUUUUUUUGUAGUUUUAAAACUUUAAAUUUAUUAUGUGUAUGAAAUUGACUAGAGUCCUUCUUAUUCGAGAUCGAUGGGAUUAAUGAUUAAUGAUAACAGCGCUUCUUUUUCAAUUUCUGAUAUAUAGUAUACAUUUGUCUGUCCGCGCGUAUAUUUACGUCUCCUUUAUUUUCGAAAUAUUGCUUGUUAAUAAGCCGCCGUUGAUUUAACUGGACUGAGCCGAACUGAAAAACGAUCUCCGGUGUGCCCGCGCAUUUAUACUAAACACGUGUCCGUGUAUUAAGUGGCUUCCUUUGACGGCGGAAAUUGAAUUCACGACAGCGUAUUAAUAGAAUAUACGAACGAAGGAUUAUCGUCUUAAUACCCACGCCACGCCGCCGCCGCUCCGUGGCGAACCGAACGAGACUCGGCGCGAGUAUAUUAUUAUUAUUAUUAUUAUUAUUAUUAUUAUUAUUAUUAUUAUUAUUAUUAUUAUUAUUAUUAUCAUUAUAUAAUUAUGAUAAUUACAUAUAAUAAUAAUCAUAAAGUUUCGCAUAAGGACUCUAAAACAAAGCCAACAAUGGAAUCCUUUGCUCCCGCCACUGCCGCCGCCGCCACCGAGAAUAUUGUUGUUGUUGUUGUUGUUGUUGUUGGAAUAAUUCAAAAGUCGUUGCUCGGAGUUUUAAGGAGGAAACGGCGGAAGAGGAGGAAUAUAGGAGUAUAUAUAGGCGAAAAUUACUAUAUAUAAUAUUCGACGAGUGUACAUAGAGAUAUAUAUGGAGAGAGAUAGAGAGAGAGAGAGAGACAGAGAGAGAGACAGAGGAAUAAAAUUCGCCGUCGUCUGCCGGGCGUGUAAAAUAAUAGUAAUAAUAAUAUUCGAAAACUCGGAGAAAGUGCGCGCGACAAACGCCAAAAAAAAAAAGAGAAAAAGAUUUGUUGUUUCGACACCGAAAACGUCGUCGUCGUCGACGUUUUAUCUAAAUAUAAAUAUAUACAUAAUAUCUUGCAGUACGCGCGUUUAUAGUACACGCGUAUAAACGAAUAUUGCGCUUUGUGCGGAAACUUUCGACGCGUAUAUACACGAAAAUACGUGUAGCAGAAGCAGUGCACAAUUUGUGUACGGGUCGGCGGAGAACGAAACGCGUGCGCUCUCGCAAAAAUGCGUAAUUGGCAAAAACAAACUGUUAUAACGUUUUUGUUGUCGAGCAAUUACCCCCGCUGUCGCCGUCCAGGAGCAUAAAUAAAAAUCCAAAUAUAUACGUAUAUACGAGUAAUAAUAAUACAAAAUUCGCUCGUUUGAAAACGCGGUACGCAGUGCAUCAAUAUGAUGUACGUUUUUUUUAUUUUGCCGAGUGUGAGACGGCGGUGGCGGCAGCGGUCUUUUUAACAAAAAAAUGUAGGUCAACUCCUCGCGCGUCCCCGGAGAUGAUACCCGCCGUCCGUUCGUCUCUCGUCUUUUUCGAUAUAUACGAUAUAUAGUAUACCUACUUAUAAUGCUCGGGUAUACGGCUAACCCAACACACAUAAUAAUAUACCCGUCGCCGAGUUAAAAUAUCUGCCAAUUGGUUUCCCUUCUUUUCGUCCCCCCACAAGCGCAUACACGCACGCUUCUAAAGACAGCCGAACGAUAAUAAUAAUUCUCUUAUCAUAUUUUAUCGCGUAUGUCGUCUACCUAAAUGAUAACAAUACAUUGAGAAUACGAUUUAAAAAGCUGUCCUAGGAUAAUGGGGACGGGUGCAGCCACUGUUAUAGGUGAGAAGACGAGAAAGUAUAGCAGAAGGAAAAUUUAAUGUAUGUCUAUAUGCGACGAUAAAUUGCUAACGAAAAACCGAUUCUGAGCAGAGUUCGGUUGAUAGUGUUGCUUCGUCAACAAUAUAUAUAUGUCAUAUUAUAUAUAUGUAAAACAAUUACAUAUGCAUUAUAUAAUAUUUGUUUAAUAUUGUACCUAUUUUCCCGGUUUUCCUACGUUUUCCCAUUUAUUUAGAAAACUCCUGGGAAAAUGAGACCUCCCUAAAGAACCUUUCCAGUCAGAUUUACUUUUAGAAAAAGUGCUAUCAUUGUAAAUCCAAACAAAAUAGCUGGUAGAAAAGUUGUCCAUAGAAUUAAAAAAUAAACGCCAUUGUAAAACCUAUACAUUCCUCGCUCCACUCAGAAUCUAAAAUCAAUUACGCGGUAAUAUCCGGUUCAAAAUAAAUGCGUAACAAUUGGGUAGUAAUAAAUACUGUAAUAAUAAUCGAGUACUCACAAAAUUAAUCGAUUAUUAUUAUUGUCCGGGGUACAUAUAUGGUCAAUACGGACACGAGGAGAUUUUUUUUUCGACCUUUAUCCGAUCUGCUAUCCGAUUUUCUCGCAACUCAAAUUUUUGUUGGCUGUUUCGAGACUUUUAUGCGCUGCAAAACGCGGGACGUUAGAUUCCUGUGUUCGUACGAUAUUUUCAAAACGUCAACCUAUAAUGAUAUAAUAAAUCAAUUGUUCGCAGCCGUUCCAACGAAAAACUGUUGUACCAAGACAUAACUUCAUUUUACGGAACACCAAUAUACUACAUAGGUAUUCCGUAUUAUGGUAACACGACGGGAAAUUUGUUCGCGAACCCGAAUGGGCGACCCGGUACGCAUCGCUCGUUCGGACACGUCUCUAGACGCUCGUCGCACAUACCUGGGUUUUUAAUUCCCGUCGCAUACACAUCGCAUCACUCUGUCGGCGUUGUAAAAACAUCAUCCGUCCGACGAGCAUUUUGAAGUCCGCGCCGCGGCCCGGUGUGUGUGUUUUGGAGGACGAGAAACCCCACCUGCAGACGUUUUUAUGUGCCGGGCGGAGAAAUUUAUAUUCCACGGCGCGUUUGAAAGGACCAGCGAAUACCUAACUAUCUAUAUAUAUGUGUGUGUAUACGUACAUACCCGGCUAAGUAUACAACACACGGGGGCUUUUUGACCGGUAGACGUCCGCGAGUGCGUAUAUUUAGUUAUAUAUAUACGUAGGUAAUGAUUAAACUUGCAAAAACCCUAGGGAAAAAGGUUUUCUUUUUCUUUUCUCGUCUCUCAGACACCGGCACCGCCAUUCCAUCCCCUGCCCCCUCUCCCGAUCGUAUUUUUAUAAGAGACGGAAACGACCGACGACCGCAUCGCCCAGUCGAAUCCCGCGUCGUCUCGUACACAGAUACCUACAUACAUAUACACACGCACACGUAAGUACCUUCGCGUAUACUCUAGAACACGGUCGAGAGAAAACGGUUCAAAGAAACUCGUGUACAAUUCACUUAUCCACAUCGCGACGAGAGGGCUGCGACGGUGGCGAUUCACCUGCCGCCCCUGGUUGUAACCGCCUAUAACCGGAUAGGCCUCCGCGGAGACCAAAGAAUACAACAAAAACCGUCAGACCGAACGUAAACGCCAUAAAACACUAUAAUAAUAUGUGUACAUGUGUGUGUGUGCGUGUGUGUGUAUGUGUGCGGCGCGCGCGUUUUGUGUCUCGUGUACAUAAAUUGAUCGUCUGGUGAAUAAUAAAUGGACUAACCGCGCGAUGGAUUUUGACGGAUUUUUUUUUUUUUUUUGUUUAUCUGUUUACUCGUUUUCUUUCGGGUUUUGGUUUUUUAUUUUUUCGUAUUCCCAUCAUUGCCGUCAUUAUUGUAAUAAUAUUUACGCGUUUCGUCAAUACAAUAUAAUACGCGUACAGUAUAAUAUAUUAUCAUAUCUAUAAGAACGCAAGGUUCUUUGAACCGUUUGUGUAUACUUGCUAUUGUUAAAAAAAAAACCCCUGAAAAGGUUUCACGUAAUCGAACGCCGUCAGUAUAAAUCUGCACGCCGUCUUGUUAGGCGAAAUCGCGAGAUUUUUGGAUACUUCAAACGACCGAUCGGCCGUUUUACUGUUUAGUAUAAUAUUGUAGAAUCUUAUUCCGGACUUGUAAUCGACUCGACGACACCGGUCCGUUAAUGUAACAGCUUGAUGACCGCCGUAUGUACCUAUAUUUGGUAUUUACCAGUGGUGCGUGGCGUAUUUACGGGGGGGGAGGGAGUAUUGGCACACAUACGGGGAUGUCAGGAGUUCAUUGCAUCUCUAAAUCUAUAAUUAGUACCCCCAGAUUUUGAGCUAAACAAAAUAAAUAUAAUACUCGAAUAGUACUCAGAUAUGAGAUAACUAAUUACUAUUGUACUUUUGUAUAUUGAUUCAUAUUAUAAUAAUAAUUAAUGUUAUAUUAUUACCUAUGUCAGUUUAUGUUAAUUGUUUUCAUAUUUUAAAGGUUAUCUCAUUAUUUCAAUUUUGUUUAUUUAAUGUGUAGGUAAUAUAUAAUUUUAUUUCGAAAUAUCGAAUAGGGUCAGUCGUACAUAAUUUUUAGUACUCCGAAGUUUUAGAUUGAAUGUGUGCCUAUGGUGGAUAUGAACCGUUGCCGCUAGCCUAUAUAGUAAAAACACAUCGUGUAAACGACCGUUUAUUUAUCGUGUUUUCACUACGAAACUUAUCAGAGGUUACACACUAUACGGAAGUUGCAGUUGCAUUCCGUUUAUUCGCUAUUUAUUAUUACAUUCAUUUAUUGUUUGUAAAAAUGUUUUCGUAAUUAAAAACCGCCGGUUUCGUAUAUUCGAAACGGAAUACAACGGAAAACCUCUGUGCGUGUGUGGUAAGCGAGUUUGAGAAAAAAUUGAAUUAAACAAUAAAAAAAAAAAAAAAAAUUAAAAAAAUACACGUAGGCAAUUAUAUAAAACCUACUCGUCACAUAUAUUAGACGCCGUCCGUCGUCGCGGGAUAAUAAUAAGAGAGUUAAUUAUUCUCGUUCUCAUUACGGUGUCUAUUCAUGGUCGCUGGCGACGCAUAAAUCUUCCAAUAUUAGUGUUCGAAUUACAUCACGUCUUUUACUCUAUACUUUAUACUUAUGUAUGGUUUAGCAUAAUAUCAAAAACAGUAUACGUUUUUGGCUGGAUACAAAAUAAUAAUUUAAAGAUGCGUUUAUAAUUGCUUAUUAGUAAUCAUAUUAUAACUAAUUCAUAUAUUUAAUUCGAAGAAAAAAAUGAAUUUUUCAAAAAGACGGACAUACUUCGCACGUAGGUGGGCCACUGUUGUAGGUGAAUAGUUGGGAAAUUUAAUGCAUAUCCGUACGUAAUGAUUAACCGUUGAUAACGAAAAACGGUUCUGAGCAGAGUUUGGUUAAUAAUUUUGCUUUGUUAACAAUAUAAUAUACAUCAAAUUAUGGUAAAAUAAUUACAUUAAUUUGCAUUAUAUUGUAUUUUCUUUAAUAAUAUUUGUUUAAUAUUGCACCUAUUUUCCCGUUUUUCGUACGGUUUUUCAAAUUUGCUGAGAAAACUUCUAGGAAAAUCAAAUAAAUAAUCUCCUUAAAGUACCUUCUCAGUCAAAUUUCCUCUCAGAAAAAGUGCUAUCAUUAUAAAUCGGAGCAAAAUCGCUGUUAGAAAAGUUGUUCACAAAUAAAAAAUAUAAAUAUCAUUGUAAAACCAAUGCAUUCCUCGCUUUGCUCUGAAUCUAAAAUGAAAACUUUGCAAUCGUAUUUACAAAUUCGUUUUCUCGUGAUAGACUCGUCGAAUUGACUAUAAUAGGUAUAUAUAUUAUUAUACUGCAGAAUCCGAGAUACUGUGAAAAUAUUAUAACUCGAACGGAUGGGGAGGAGGGUAGGUGUGGAAAACGACGUAGAAGAUAAGUCAGGGUUGUUACAAUAGCGAUUAUAUAAAAAUAAUAAUAAUAAUAAAAAUAAUAACAAUAAUAAAAAUUCUUUCUAAAAUAAUAUUAAAUGCAAAUAAACACGCGAAGAGGUUUUAUAUCGCGAAAUAUCUCUCUGUGUUGUAUAUAUACGUAUAUACAUAUUUAUGUGAUCCUUAUUCAAAUCCUUUUUGACACAAAUUUCACGCGCGACAAUGGGAUCACUACCCUUAAAUAAUAUAAUAAUGGUAUAUCCUAUAUAUUGUAUAGUAUAUAUACUCUGACGAACGAUUCUCCCCUUGCGGGCAACAGCGGUAAGAGAUUAAGAAGGGAAUGGAAAAUAAAAAAAAAAAAAAACCAGAGAGAUUAUACGGAGAAUUAAAGAUAAAAAAAAAAGAGAAUAAAUAUUGAUAAAGCUGACUAAUGCUGAUUUGUAUUGGUAGGGUAGGUAUACAAUAAGUAGGUAUAAUCAACUCGCAAAUACCCUUCACAGCAGAAACAAUAUUAUCGGACAGAAUUAAUAGAAUACAAUUAAAUUCGGUUAAUUAACGUUUUUUUUUUUCUUCUUUGGAUAUUAUACACAUUAGUUUUUCUGUGGUGAGCGUGUGAAAACAGCAGAUAUCGUACUUCAAUCAGACGAUUAUUUAUGACGACAUUCUCGUAUAGCAUUUUCGAUCUAGUUGACGCGUCGUGGUGAUAAUUUUUUGAUUUUCCUAUUAUUGCUUUCUUAAUAAAAUACGGACACGGACCGUCGAUUUGUUAAAAUAAUUUUUGUUGAUUCCUGUGUUAUCCGCAGGUCAACUAAUACGACUAACAAUACUUCCGUUCAGAAUCCUAUUUCGUUAACGACGGUUUUUCAUCACGUACAGACAAACAUCAAUAUAUCCUUCCGGUGUGCUUCCCAAAUAAACAAUAGUUUACCGUUCAUUUCAGUCCGAAUAAUUCGUAUGUACAUCGUUAAUCGUAAAUGGUGUGGACGCGAAACAAAAUACUAAAACGUCUAGGUACAGGUAGACUAAAGCAAUAACGUAAUGUUUUUUUCGAGAUGAGAAAACGACAAAAAUGUCGAUUAAAAAAAAAAAAAAAAGCGCCAAACAAUAAUAACAUCGAAAUAUACUUCGUCCUACCCAUUGUAAUAUCUCGGGAAAUAAUAAAGAUAAUCAAAUUCUGUUUUUUUUUUUUUUUUUUUUUUUUUUGUUUUUUUUAAAAUUUAUAUAUACUGCUCACAGGGAUAAGGACUACAAAUAUUUAUGUUGCAAUUAAUUUUGUAUGCUUUGAUAAAAAAAAAAAAAUUAAAAAAGAAUAACUUCUUAUUUUAUUAUUAUUGAAAAAUUUGAAGAUACCCAUUUUAUAGAGUUUAUUUUCAUUAAAUUCUUGAUUUUUAAUAAAUUUUAAAAUUCAGAGAAAAGUACCUAUAAUAUUAUGCACCCGGCUGUAAUUGCAUCAUUCUCUAAUUGAUUAUUAUUAUUACGAAAAUUGAGAAUUGACUGUAUACUUCUUUUCUCUGAAAAAAUAAUUAAAAAAAAUUACGAAUUUUAUGAAAUUUUAUCUUGAAAUAUUUCAAAAAUAAUAGAAUAAAAAGUUAUUUUUUUAAAUUUUUUACCAAAACACAAUUCGAUUGUCCUUUCAUUAUCUCCGGAGAUAUGGACCAUGGGUAAUAUUUUUAUGGUAUCGAGACAGCGUUAUCGUAAACGAAAAUUCACUAAUAAAAAAAAUAUUAUAAAAAAUCCGUCGAUGACGAACGAGUGCAUAAUACCCAUUGUAAUACCUAUAGGUAACGUAAUAAUAGGUAAUAACGGUUGUAUAGAGGAAAAUGUCGGUAUACCGCGGCCCCGUUAUCAGCUUUAAUAAUGUUACGGGCGCUCGUAAUAAAAAUAUAUAACAUUAUAUGAGAAACGCGAGCAUAAAACGAUAGGUUAGUUUAUUAAUGAUAUGACUGCACUGCCCUGUUCCGAUUACCGCCGCCGCCCGCUGCAGUGAUAUAUAUAAAAAAAAAAAGCCAGGUGAAUGAACCUCACACGUCGGCGCGAUAGUAAUUAAUAUUAUUAUUAUUGUUAUCGAAAUCAUUAACCACCGUGUACGGUUAGGAUUUUCGUGCGCCUACUCGUCACCGCGAGUGUAAUAUUUUAUUAUUCGUUAAAAAAAAAAAAGUUACGAUUGCGCCGAGCUUAUUACUUUACUCGUAUUGCGCGUGCGCGCGAUUCAAACGAAUAACAAUAAUUAUCGUACCGUUUGUUCGGGGGAGGGGAGAAGGAGCGGAUGGGGGAGGGUGGUGGUUGAGAGGCGGGAAGAGGAGCCGAAUAUUAUCGUCACGUUAAAAUGUUUUAUAUUAGGCAACAACUAUAAUAUAAUACCUUCCGGAGUCCUAUAACAUAUUAUUAUUAUAUAAAGCUAUAAUAGUCUAUCGUCUCGAGUAACAGGACGAUAAUUUAAUACUGUUCCGAAAACCGCGGCGGUGGCUCGACGGGACAUUUUUUUUUUUUUUUUGUUAAUAUUCAUUGAGUGUCUACUACUCCUCGCCCCCUCAGAAAAAAAACUCCGCGGAUACGCAAAACCUUCCCGUAAACUUUCGUUAACGAAUUUCCUCGGUAAUCUCUUCACACCCCAGCCACGCUGCCGCGAGAGCAGUAUUUCCUGCGGGAAAUAAAAUAUUUUGUUAGCGAAAUCCUACUCUUCAGCAGCGUAUACCUAUAUAGUAUACCUACACAAUAUGGACACAGAAAAAAAAUAUUUAUAUAUAUAUAUAUAUAUAUAUUCUAUCAGGCUCGCGGUUUUAAAGUCAAACGUGUACCGCGGGUGAUUUUUGAUUUUCAGAUAGAUGAAAGGGAAAAAAAAAAGAUUAUAUUCAUCUUAGAGCAAUAUUUACACUACCUGCGUACCUACCUAACGUAUACACUCUACUUAAUUUCAUUCUCUCCCAUAUAAUAGCCCGUCAGUAUUUCGGACGGGAACACCGCGGCCGUUCCAUUCCCGUCCCGUGGGAAUCCGUAGCAGCCGUCAUAAAAUACGUAUAAUAUACUCGUGUGCCUAUAAAAUAAAAUACAUACAAGUACCCGUUUAAAUCCAUCUUCCCGCACUACAAUGUCUUAACGACGACAAGACGGGCAGAACUUGUUCGGCAAAUAAAUAAGAGGGCCACUGCGGUCGCGGCCCUUAAGGGAGGGAACGUUUUAUUUUUUUUUUGUUUUCGACUUUUUUCCGUACACUUAAUCGCGUGUAAAUCUGCGUGUAUACACAUGGUAACGACGUGAAUCAAUAUAGCUACUACUAUGUAAUAUUUGGUGAGAAAACUCUUGAGCAAAUCGAAAAAUAACUUUCUUAAAGUAUCUCUUCACGACGAUGUUCUUUCAGAAAAAGUGCUACACGUAGAAAUCUGAGCAAGUCUUCUUAUAGAAAAAUUGCACAAAAUUUAAAAAAAAUUAUAAUAAACAUCUUUGUAAAACUAUAAUAGCUUCUUCGCUCCACUCAGAAUCUAAAAUUCCGCCGCAUCCUAUAGUAAUGUCAUAACAUGUUUUCAAAUAUCUAAAUACUCCAAAAGCAAUUUCUAUAGUUUUGUUUGGCUUAUCGUUUAUUAUUCCUUUCCUUGAGCACUAGAUUAGGGUAAAAGUUUUACUAUCGUUGUAAGGCGGUCAUUAAAAUGGAAAAAAAAAAUUUCGUAUUUUACAAAAUUGGAGAAAAUUUGGGAAAACACUCAUCAGGACCGUAGCGACUAUCAUCCGGGUCACGGGCGCCGUUUGCCCCCACCCUUCCAACCCGAUCCUCCCUCAUCCCAUAAAUAAAAAGCUUGUGAAACUCGCCGGAUUCAUUACAAUGUAUCGGUAUCCGUUGUUUAAAAAACCCGUUGAAACCGGAUUUUUACAACACGUGUGUAAAUUUUCAACUUUUUCCCGUUGGAUUUACGUAUAUAAUAUUAUUACGAUCGCUUCGGCUAUACGUAAUAAAACCGAGGACAGUGUACCCUGUGAUUUUCGGGGGUGUUUUGUUUCGGUUUUUACGUGUCCUAAAUGACAAUAAAAAUAUUUAAUUAUACCUACACAAAUUAUUAUUUCGAACGAAAAUAAUGCGCAUACGUAUAGGUUUUAUACCAAUAGUGGUUGUUUCCGUUGCUAAUGAACAAAUUUGUUCAACCGGCUCGGCGGCGGCUGUUCCUCGAAUUCCCACCUGUGGACGUUCUUGACGUCACAAAGUUACAGAUUAUAUUUAUUUUUUUCUUAUACACCCACAUAUAUUAUUAUUGUUAUUGUACAGUAGGUGUAAAUAUACCUGUCUGCAGCGAUAAUAUAAUUGCGUACGGAUUAUAACAUCGGGGCCACGAAGUAAAACUAAUUUGAACGACCGCUGUCCAGAAGUUUCGCGUCAACUGGAACGGUUAAUUAAUUACAAAAAAAAAAAGAACCUAUACCGCUGACGGGCGUGCUACUGUUGUUGGUGGAAAGUUUGAAACAUAUAGGAAACACACAUAUAUAUGUAUAAUAGAAUUAUAAUUAAUUAAUUUAUAUCUGCGACGACGAAUCGUUCGCUAACUAAAAACGAUUCUGAGCGAAGUUCGUUUAAACGCGUACCUUAUAAAAUAAUAUUGAAAGUCCGCGAUUUUUACGAUUUUCAUAAAAAAAAUGAUCAACUUUAAAUGCUUAUAAAAACGAAUAAUAAUAACUGUACAUUAGCUUAACUUUUUUUCACCACUAAGUACGAACCAUGAUAAGCCUCGUGUUUAUUUAUCGAGCAUUUUUACCGGGCCGCAACAAUUUUACAACAAGGAAAAUACAAAUUUGAAAUUAACCGCAGUUGCGUAUAAAUUAUCCUGUUUUCCCCGACUAUUGAAUACACUACGAAAAAAUCGAAAAACGGUAUCGUCGACACACCAAAUAGACAACAUUUUCGACCGGAAAACAUGCCCAUAGUUGAUGACCGGAGCGAGAUAUCAUGCGAUAGAAAGGCAAUUUUCAGACGUGACCGAAAACUCCGCGUAUAACAAAACGUCUCGCGCACUUCGCGCCACUGCUGCAGUAUACGUUCGUCAUAUUCGUAUAGUUUGAAUAUAGUCUAAAUAUCCUGUCGUUAUUCGUUCGUACGCAAUCCAAACCGCCGUGCCUGCCGACCGCGGAAAAUUGAAAUUCACGGGGUUACGGCGAAUUUAGAUUGGCCGCUAUAACCGUGCUCGGUUUGCCCGGGCAAAAGCCGAAAUACGACGUUCCGCGGGCACUCCGCGUUUCGCCCGCGGGCAUUCCUGAGGUUUACCGGCAUUUCGGCCGCGCGACGCCGUAGUAUUUUUACCGCGUUCAUCCCCGCAACGAGCGGCAACGUUUUCGGGAUAUUAGCCGAACGGCGCGGAAAGCGAACGAGCGAGUUCACAAUACGUGCGCGCGUGUGCGGCCCGCCGUGCAACAACUACGCGAACCGCGUAAAAACCCGUCUGGACCAUCGACCGCGGCGCGAUGUGAAUACAUUGCAAAACGCGCCGGGUUCCGCGCAAUUGCGUGUUUCCAAAGGGUGCCGCUUACGGCGGCAGCGCGUGCAAAUACGCGGCGGACGUCCGUUAACGUUUUCUUACGCCGCUUAAAAACGUUACUGCGGCGAUACGCGAACCGCGAUUCGGAACGUCGCCCGCCCCGAUUAUAGAAAAAAAAAAAAAAAAAAAACGACCGAUAACUACCUCCCCGCGCGCGGAGUCCGAGGUUUCGGCCAUAGUGCCCGGAGUAAAUGGUAAUAAACGUUUUUGCCGAUCCGCCCGUUUCGCAUGGCGCAAACGAAAAGGCCGAGAACGCAUAAUAGGAUGCACGCGCGUGUGUACAGAGCUAUUUAAUUUAAUUUCUCGCGUUUUUCCCACAGUGUACGCGGCGAUCAAUCAUUGUUCGUGAAACGCGAUUCUGCAGACCAAUGUUCAAAACUUUUUCAAGUGCCGAAUUUUACGACUAUCGCAUGCGUCAACGCAUACGUAUCUCUAAAUAUUACGUCGUUGCAAAAGUAUACAUUUUACGCUCGAUUUUUUUUUUUUUUUCUUUAUUGGCCGCCAAGUAUGCAACUAUUACAUCGAAUCCGGCGUACAUUUGUCAAGCAUUUCGAAACAAUUUUAUUUGCAUAAAACCGAAUAAAAACUAGAAAAAAAAAAAAAAAAAAAAAACAACAACUCGACAAUUUCAAACGAUUAUAAAUAUGGAAAUAGGAUAUUGAUGAUUUACGCUAAGUUUCAUGAAAAAAAAUUAAAAAAAUACUUUUCAAAUUAUAUUUGAAUACAAAUACAUCCAUUUAUAAAUUACUCAAGAACGAAUAUAAAUACUCGGCGUGUAUUUAAAUACUUCUCGAGUAAUUUUUAAUUCGAAAAGGUUUACAAAAUUAAUUUUGAAAUUUCUAAUAUUCAAUGUUCAAUUCUAUUUCUAACAAAAUUAAAGUAGUAUGAACUAUACUAUACUUCAUUUUAUACUGAAAAAUGAAAAUCAAUAAAAUGCAAUAUUCGUUCAGAAAUAAUUUAAUACUUUGAAUGAUCGAAUAUACGAAUAUUAAUGAAGUAGGAUUUAUACAUUUAUCGUGCCGUAAUAAUUUUCAAAAAUUUGUAUUGCACUUAAGCAGCAUUGUUUUUCAAAAGUAUUAAUAUGAAAAUGUUUGUAGUAAGCGUAGUAGUUUAAUUUCCGUCUCAUUCGUCACUAUUCCCUGUCAAUUCGCAUUUGUCUGACCUCAUUAUCCUCGGUUUAUAACGGAGAUGACAUCACAAGGUUCAAAUCAUGAAAUAUAAAUUAUAAUGUAUUAUUUUUUUUUUUUUUACUUUCAAUAAUGAAUAACAACACGAAAUUUUCAAUUCUGGAAUUAAGAAAAGUAUUUUAAAUUCAAAUGCAAAUACAUCCGAGACAGUAUUUAAAUACAUUCGCUUAAAUACUUUUACUCAAAUUCUUUACAAGACUGUUUACGAAUUCGUUUUGCUUUUAUCGUAUUACUAUUAGCUAAAAAUUCGUUUUCAUCGUAUAGAUUCAGAAUAUAUACAAAUUGUAUUUCGCAUUAAAUUUUUGUUUUGUAACGUCCUUUUAGAUUCUGAGUUUAGCUAAGAAUGUAUUGAUUUUACGAAAAUGUUUAUUAUUAUUAUAUUUUUUUUUUUUGUGUAUGCACACUUUUUCUACCAAUAGGCUUACUCUGAUUAUCAAGUACAGCACCUUUCUGAAAGGAAAUGUUCUCUGGGUAAUACCCUAGAGAGGUAAUUUUUUGAAAUUCUUAUUAAUAUUCGAGAUAAUGAGAAAAACCCUUGUUCUUUAGGUUAAAAAUGAUUGAAAGAUUAAAAAUAAGGUUGUCAUUGGUAACCGUUUUUAUUUAUUUUUUGCUAUUAUUAAGUUUCGAUUAUUUUAAUAUUUUUAAACAAUCAUUGUUGUCAUGAAAACGAACACGGUUGUAACCAUUUUAUCGUAAUAUGACAUAUACAACCCGUAUAUGUCACGGGGUGAUCAAUCUAUCAUAAAACACUCAUGAUAACGGAAAAUAUUAACUUUUUCCGGAAUUUAUUUUCUAAAACAUUUAGGGAACAAGCUUCUCUACAGCUUUAUAUUUAAUUUAUUUUUUGUCACCCUUAUUUUUAAGGGUAAAAUCACUACCUAGUUUUGAUUUUCAAAUAGCAACCUAUAAUAUAAGUUCCAUAAAUAGAUGGAGUAUUAUUUAAAAUUAAUUUUAGUGUUGAAAUUUCGUUAACCAUUUACGAGAUAUUCCACUUUUAAGUUUAGGUUGGAAGAGAAUAGUGGAGUAUUAUUUAUGUAACGGUAUUGUGCGCGGCAUGUUACUAAUGCACCACCACGCUCCCCCAACCUAAACUUAAAAGUGGAAUAUCUCGUAAAUGGUUAAAGGAAUUUCAACACUAAAAUUUAUUUGAACUCCGCUCAGAAUCGUUUUUUGUUACCAAUGGUUUAUUGUUGCUUGCAGAUAUAAAUUAACUUUCCGUCUGUAUCCUACCUUCCCAACUUCCCACCUGUGGCUGUACACACGCGCAAAGUAUGUCCAUCCUUUUUUUUUUCUAUUGUUAUUAUAAAUGGUUUUUCGUAAAUUGUAUACUAAUUAUAUUAUACAUUGCAAAACUUUUUUCUUAAAUUUUGUAAUUCAAAGACAAUUAUUUUUUCGAAUAAUUAUUAUUCGGAAGGUUUUUGUUGCGAUUAAGUUUACACUGUACAGGAAUGUUCACGUGUUAUAUGUUACAUAUACAGAAGUUUUUUACAGACGAACGCCCAUCCGAGCGCUUAUCUUAAUACAUCGCUUAUCGAAUAUUAUUUAUAAACUGUGCAAAUCCGAUAAUAACAACAUAAUAAACGCGAUUAAAUUCACAUUGCAAAGUGAUCUGUAGUCUAUACUAUAUACAGUAUAGCUGCAGCAGCGUACAAUCGAUUCGGCAUUUGAGUGCACGAUUUUAAACGAUUUAUUUUCAAUUAAACAAAUAUCGUUUAAAAAGGUUUUCGAAUUGUUACAACGGUAAUUAUUUAAACACGUCAAAAUCAAAAUCGUCUGUAAAUAGCCCGAUAGCAACGCAGUUUUGCAAGCGAAUCCGAAAACGAUAUUUUUUCUACCGACAAAGUAUUAUUUCGGUCUAUUUUUCUCAGUGUUUAGUUGUGCCGACCAUUUAAGCGGAGGGUUUUUUUUCGGUUAAUUUUGGUACUAUGUUUUAAUUCAUCGACAUCCAAUCUCUACCUAUAAACGUUUCGAAAAUAGCCAAAAUCUUUUGGACGUUUUACCGCGUCUAGAAACGCCUAAUACACAUGUAUCGUCAAAUGGUUGACGAUGGUUAUUAUUCAUAACGGAAUUACAGUAAUCGAAAUAGGUUAGAAAAUUUCCGAUUGUAUAUGCCGCCGAAUUCGUGACCCGCCUAGAACAUUGUUUUCUUUAUAUGACCCAUGAUAAAAAAUAAAGUUUGACCCACACUAUACCAUGUUAUAUUAUAUACGGUCUGCAAAUUCACCUCGGACGUCUAUUACGAGAGUUUUUUUUUUCGUUUUUUAAUCGAUUUGCGAUUUUUUUAUCAGGUGUUUUUUUCAGCGUUAAAUCGCCGCUGAAUAAACUGUUUUACGCGAGCUCUCGGUUUUCGAUGUUUCCCCUCUGCUCAUUGCGCGAAUCGUGAUUUUUCGGCGGUUUCGAAAGGUCAACAGCUCACGUUAGUGUGUUUAAUAUUAUUAUACGUACACUAUCACACAAUCUGCGGUGUAGGCAGAGGAUUAAAACAUUUUUAACAAUGUAAAUCGUUUUUUUUUUUUUACUGUUUCCCUGUUACAGCGCGUUCUAAAAUAUAUUCACGAAUAAUUAGCCUAUGGAUUACACCGCGUAAUUAUAUGGCGCGAAAUUUUCGAAAAAUGUCCGAAACAAAACCGACAUUGCUAAAAUAUAAUAAUAUCGUCGCGUGGUAUCGGCUUUUUGUCCCCAAAAAACCGAUAUCGUAGAAAAAUAGAUGGGCAAAUUCGCACGUGGAUGGGGUAUGGGCUAAUGCUGUAGGUAAGAAAUUGGGAAGGUAGUAGUGGGCAAAUUUAAUGUAUAUCUGUAAGGGAUUAGAUAAACCAUUGGUAACAAAAAACGAUUCUGAGCGGAGUUCACUUGAUAGUGUUGUUUCGUCAAAAAUAUACACAUAUGUCAUAUUAUGGUAAAAUAAUUACAUACUCAUAUAUUAUACUCGUAUAUUUUCUUUAAUACAAUUUCUUUACUAUUGUACUUUUUUUAUUUUUCUGUUUUUUCCCGGUUUUUGCGAUUUGUUGGGAAAACUCCUACAGGAAAAAUCGAAAAAUUACCUCCUUAAGGGAGCUCCCCAGACCGAUUUCUGAUAAAAAAGUUUUCCACGGAAAAAAUAAAAUAAAAAAUUAAACGUCUUUGUAAAAAUCACAAGCUUCUACGCUUCACUCAGAAUCUAAAAUAAUCAAAAUCAUAGACGUACGCAAUAAACAAGAUUGCAGCUAACUGGGUGAUAAACAAUGAUGAAAUUCCAAUCCGUCAUUUAAUUAGAUGUUAAAAUAUUCAACAGUUAUCACAAUAUUAUAUAAAUGGACGAUAAAGCGUGGGCCUCAAAUUAAACGGCUACCGUCCGCUUCGAGCAAUUAUACGGAACAUUUAACAAUCUAGUAUAUUAUUUAUAUCUGUGAUCGAAAUAUUAAUAAAUAAUCGUAUCCAUCAGGGAUUGGCGGAAUGUUUCAAAAUAACUGUACAGAGCCGCGUUAAACCAUUCGGUGCCGGGAGCAUCGUUUUUUUAAACGCCCCCCCUCUUAAGAUUUUACUCGGGGGUGAUUUUGGGGUUAACUCCGUCCCGAAUUCGUGGUUGUUUUUACGAUAAUUAUUAAAUUCUUAUUAAAAUGUCUGCGACCGAUUACCUCCGUUAACUAAUAGCUGUAUACAUACGCUCUUAUUAUUAUCAUACGGUUUUCAUUAUUACUCAUAUGCAAAUAACAAAAUAUAACAGUGAUAGCAAUUAGUGAUAUUGUUAAUUUUAUUUCGAGUUUUCUCUUGAGCCGAGCACCCCGGUUUGAAAAAUGUUUGGCACCCCGGAGCAAAUGCUCCCAUUGCCUUUAACCCUUUAACACUGUCCUGAAUUAAAUACAUUUCCAGUAUUACUAAAUACAAGAUACUAUAUAGAAGAUACUUACGUAUAACCAGGUAUGGACAGUAAUCAGUUACGUAACACAGUUACUUUUGUAACAAUGCGUAGAACAAUACGCGUCAAAUCACUUAUCACUUACUAGUUAUGCUAUCAGUAAUUGUAAUAUCUAUAAUAUAUUAUAGCUUAACUUGAAACUAUUGACCUAUUGAAUUGAAUUUAUUUUAUUGACUGAAAACUAUAUUAUUAUUAUUUGCAUGAAAAUAUAAUAAAUUAUAAACAAAUUGUAACUUAUCAUUUAACUUAGUUACAGGAACUGUAACUUGUAACCAGUUACUCAGGAUAUAUAAUACUGUAACUUGUAAUCAGUUGUCCAAAAUUAGAGUAACUAUUCUAACUAGUAUUCAGUUACACUAUGUACUGUAACUUGCCCAUUCUUGCGUAAAACGAGUAUUGUAAUACGAGAUACUCGAUAUUUACAUUUUACGUAUUUAAAUACUUUACGUAUACAUAGUAUACACAUAUACAGUAUACACAGAUACAUGAUACGUUAAAAUUGAAAUAUUAAUUCAAUUUUACACGCACGCGAAAUCUUAAAAAAAACGAAGCGGUUAUACUUAUUUGAAAUAUUUUUCGAAAUUCCCUCUAUACGAUUCCUCCGGUUUUCGUACAAUCGCUUUCAAUUUAUAAAGUAUUUUACGAUAAGUCCCGGUGCAGAAGAAACAGCCUAGUUAGCCCCCUUCCGCCCGGUUCCCCCCUCGAGUGCCUAUAGGCGAGAUACUUCAUAAUGAGUGUAUCUAGACACUCGAUACUAUAGAUACACUGUAAUCACAGUAUCGCAGUACAAGAUACUCGAUACUUUCCAGAAACGUAUCGAGCAAUAAAAGUUACAAUAUUAUAUAAAAUAUAAAAUACGCGGUAUAUUUCAGAUACUUAUACCGAAGAUUGCAUUCCAACUCUGAUCAUAUCACAAAAUUGUGUGCAGGUAUACAAUUAUAAUUAUUGUGUGUCUUAUUAUUAUAAACAUUGACUGUAUCGGUUCACGGUUUUCACCAAAAAUGUUUGGUUUUUUCACGAAAAUAUGGCAUUUGGGGGGGGGGGAGGGAACUCGGGAAGGGGCACCAUUUUUUUAACAAACGCAAUUUAUUUCACUUCGAAACGUAUAAUCACUUCGUUCCAUCGUAUCCUAUUGUCGAAAAAAAAAGGCCGAUGGGGAAGAGGGGAAGGGAGAUAACGCACAUAAUUAUAAUAAUAAAUCAACGAUAUUUUGGUGUUUUUUUUCUCUCGUUUUGACGCGUUAAAGUAAUAUAACAUUUUGUCGGUUUACACGUCCUAUAUUAUAUACAUAAUAAUAAUAUUGCGUUAUUAUUUUCCAGACAUAUUUUUUUAUGAAAAAUGUUCCGCGAGAUCGUUUCGCUCGGCGGCGGCGGCAGCCUUCGUCAUCACACCCCGGCCCUCCUGCGUUUUGACGACGUAUUAUCAUUGUUAACUAUACAUAUAUAUGCCCGUGUAUACAACGUUUACGUUUUUUAUUAAUAAUAAUAACACACCCAUAUACGUGUAAAUUAUUUACUCUCUCUCUCUGUCUACCUCUCUAUUGCAACGUAGUGCAGCGAAUGAUCGAUAAAAAGAAAAAACCCGGUAAAAAAAAUAAUAUAUCAUAACGUCUCGUUUUUUUUUUUUUUUAAUCUUUCCAUCGCCACGUCGCGUCACAUAUUAUUAUAUUAUAUUAAUCGCCAUUAUUAUAUUAUAAUAUCACUGUUACUUCUUGACAACGCGUCCAUGUGUGAAAAUCCGUCGUAAAACGUAUGGAAAAAAAAAAAAAAACCGUAAAUAGCUUUUCAUCACUCAAUACACUACAGUCGCGCGGUAUUUAUUGCUUUUAUUAUAAAUAUGGUUCGCUUAACAGUUAACCCUCUACUCCACCACCCUGAACCCCCCUCCCCCCCUCACUACACUUAUGCAUGUUAAUAAAUAUAUAAUACGCGUUUUAUCAAUCGUGAACGUUUUUAUAAAUAACGGGUGUAUUAAUAUAAUAUUAUAACGUAUACCGGUACGAUAUUAUUUUGCAAUUUAAUGAGCCGACAUGUUGAAAAACACAACCGCACGCGUAAACAAUAAUAAUAAUUAUUUACUUAUUCUUCGUAUACGCUGUUAACAUAUUGUUGUCUUUCUAUACCUUGCCGGUGUUUCGCGGGAUACUCAUAAUCGCGAUCCUCUAACCUCGGCCCGGAGCGAUUUAGACGCGUUGUUCGAAAUCGUUUUUAACGUCAAAUUGCAUCGAGUUCGUUGUAUGUACCAGUGGCGCUGCGGCGAUAGUGUCCCGGUUUUCGAGGGGCACGGGGGCGGAUUUCAUAUUCGCCGGGGUAACGGGAUACGGCGUUUCUCCAGACGGUUUGCCGAUCGCCCCCCUCGAUAUCCGCCACUGAUUCGACGUGCGCGAAAAUACGUCGUGUCUAUACGCUUCCUGCCGCUUUGUUUUAUUCAAAGGUCGAAUUUAAAUUUGACGGUUCGCGAUUUGUCUCGGUGUCCCCCGUUCACGUCGAGCUUUCUAAAUCGCGUUUUCUGUAUUAGGUGUUAUCCGUGGUGCGGAUUUCGUUUUUUUUUUUCUUUUGUUUUGUUCUGAAUUUUCGUGCAACGCAAAUAUUAUUGUCACGUGGAAUAGGUAAACAUAAAAACGCACACAUGGCGAAUAUUAUCGAUUUGCGCGUACACGCCGACCGACGUCGAAUAUUAUAAUAAUUUACCUACUGUUUUAUUUUUUCCGCGGUAAAGUUGUCGACAUCAACAGCUGCCGCUGCUGUAACCCCCGUAACAAAGAAAAACCUUUUUUUUCAAUAUAAUACGAAACGUCAUUGAAUAGAAAUCGCGGUGUGUAUAGCCGUCGCACAGUAAAAGUACCUAUGUGUGUGUGUGUGUGUGUAUUUAUAUAUAUUAUAGAGGUACUCUCUGACCUUAAUGCAUUUUAAAACAUAUAUAAUAAUAUAAUGUAUUUUGCAAAGUCGUUAAUACUCGCAAAUACCGCGCCGUAGCUGCAGCGGCUCCAUUGCGAUUGUGCAGAUAAUAUACACUUUUUUAUGUAAAUUUAACGUUGUCUAUAUAUAUAUAUACACAUAUACGCCGCAAAUGUAUUCAAAACACACACGUAUAAAUUAUAUUAAAACGGUCGUAAAAUUAUAUUAAAAAAUUAGAUAUCGCGAGAUACGCGCGUUUGCGGCGUAAUAUACAUUAAAACUGUCGUCGCCCGCGCGCCGUUUAGAGUUGCGCGUGGUAAUAAAAAUAAUAAUCAGCGGACACGAGAUUAUCGUAAUAUUAUUGUUGCACUCGUAGAUACUGUGCAUCGCAAGCCGUUCAGAUAAAACAAACGAUUAUUUCGCGUAUAAAAAUUGUCAAACCAUCGACGGAGCCGGACAGCGGCGCAUCUCGAGUGAGGGUAUGGCGCGAAAGUCGCUCCGCGCGGCAAGAACGGCGGUAAAACAUAAGGGCGCGGCAAACGAACGAUUUUCGCCUUGCGGGAUGUUUUUUUGGGGGGGGAGGAAAUCACGUACGUACUGGAACGAGGGGCGUCCCCUAUGUACGCUCCCCUAUGUAUCGUCCUUAAUCACUGCCCCGUCCCUGAACCCGUAUUAUUGAUUCUAACGACUUUUGUUUGUGUUUCAGAUGUUCGAUGCUCGGACCGCGGUAUAAGUAGCGCCAUCCGCACGAAAAUGUUUACGAGCGGACGCGUUUCGGCCGCCUGGGCCGUUACGCUCGUGGCCGUCAUGGCCGCCACGAUACAGGCCCACUGUCCGUCCAACUGCUCGUGCGAUGACGAGACUCUGGUGGUGCUGUGCAAAGAAGGCAAUCUGGACGUGAUACCCAUCACGCUGAACCCGUCUAUCCAGAGGCUGAUGCUCAUGUACAAUCGGAUAAAAAUCGUGGACGCGUCGUUCCAGUUUUACGGGGCCCUGCAGUACGUGGAUAUAUCGCACAACCAUCUGGUGAACAUACCCAACAAGGGUUUCGAGGCCCAGGAAAAGCUCGUCGAGCUGCAUCUCAACCACAACAAAAUCUCGUCCAUCAACAACAAAACGUUCAUCGGGCUCGUCUCGCUCACCAUACUGAACCUGCGCGGCAACUACUUGGGCGACCUGCCGGACCGCCUGUUCGCGGCGCUGCCCAAGCUCGAGGAACUGGACCUGGGCGAGAACGGCAUAUCGCGUAUCGAUCCGGCCGCGUUCCAAGGCCUCACUAAGCUCCGAGUCCUGUACCUGGACGACAAUCAGCUCCGGGCCAUACCGACGCCCGCCUUCAAGUUCCUGGGCAACUUGGCCGAAAUGCGCAUCGGCUUGAACGCAUUCACCACACUGGACAAUGACUGUUUCACCGGGCUCAGCCACCUGUCCGUACUGGACCUGACAGGCGCCGCUUUAAACAACAUCAGCGAGGACGCGUUCAAAGGGCUCAUCAUGCUCAGGCGCCUGGUGCUCACCGACAACCAUUUGUCGGCCAUACCUACCAAGCAGCUGUCCGAACUAGACAGAUUGGAAGAGUUGUCCGUGGGUCAAAAUGACUUUGCCCAGAUCGAAUCUGACGCGUUCAAAGGCUUGGCGCGCUUGCGGUCCAUCGACGUGUCGGGUGCGUCACAAUUGACCCACAUCAAAAAAGGCGUGUUCAACGAAAAUCUAAAUCUAGAGACGAUAAACUUCAGCAGCAACAAGCAAUUGUCGAGCGUCGAGAAUGGCGCGUUCGUCGGACUGCCCAACCUGCGUAAUCUGAUCAUGCGAAACAACGCGUUCACUUCAUUCGCCGAGGCGAUGGUCACGUGGCAAGAACUCCAGCUGAUCGAUCUGACCGAGAACCCGUUGAUAUGUGAGUGUUCGGUACUGUGGCUCAAGGAACUGUUGGCUCGCCGCAACACCAGCCAUGUCGACUGCGCGGGACCGGCACCACUCAAAGGCAAGUCUCUCAACUCGCUCGGAUCGGACGAUCUGUCGUGCGCCAAAUACUACACUAGGCAACAGGCCAUCGUUGGCGCGGUAUUCGGUUGCACGGUAGCGUUCAUAGCGCUCAUGUUGCUGUUGGCGUACCGAUUCCGGAAACGCCUGCACCAUUCGCUUAAGAAGACGUUCUGGAACAAGGAGACGGUAAACAGAAAGGACCUGGAAUACCAAAAGACGUUCUCGGACGACGAGUUUAUCGUCCGGAACACCAAUACUCAUCAUCACACUACACCGCAUCAACACCAACCGCACCAACACCAUCAUCAUCAGCCGCAGCACCACGGCGGCGGGCAACAGCAUCACAAACACCACGGGGGUGGUCACCAGAACCCGCACGGUCCGUCAGUUCAGCAGCAAAAGCAACAGCACCACCACCAUCUCCAGCAUUUCCAGCAACACCUCCAGCAGCAGCACGGGGCCGGAAACGAUCACCACAGCAUGAUGAUGAUGACACCGGGCCCGCCGCCGCCGCCGCCCCCACCGCCGCCGCCACAUCAUCACGGCACCUACGGUCACCAUCACGGCCAGCACAACAUGUACCAGCACCAACGUCACUUGCAGAACACCAUGCCACACCGCAACGACAAGCCGAUACCGGUGACAGAACUAUGACUAGAGCUGUUCGCCUCGUCGCCGACGAGCGAGAGGCGAAACCAGGCCGCCGGUUCUUCGGACGGAACCACUAGCGUCACUGGAUUUUCGUACAUUUCAGGGGAGAUCAGCAAAUAUGGCGGUGGCGGCAGUGGCCAAACCUUGAACAGUAACCGAUCUCUGCCACCUCCCGGAUACCGCGUUUACCAUCCGCACUCUCUCCGCCGUUUCCGCGAUCCUUAGGGCUCCGGCCCCCUCACCCCAACCCCACCCUACCCAUCUCCCCCCCNACCCCCCCCCUCCCCAUCCCCCCCCCGCCCCGCCGCAAAACUCCUAUACCGUACGCCGGUUACCCGACCGUCACGCGCAUACAUAAUAUACCGACCCUCCAGACCGCAGCACCCAAAACACUCAUCAUGAUUAUUAUAGGGCCCGGAUUUAAAUGCGCUCAAAAUCCACGAAAAAACACCCCGCUUAACAGUGGCAAAAACUGGUCCUCGAAAAAUAUUUAAAAAACCGAAAUCAGUAGCGCGGUAUAAAAUUUCCCCCCGCCUCUAGAUGCUUUUAAACGAUUACAUACAAUUUUCUAACGCUAUCGGAACAAAUUGUACGCGGGUAUAUUAGUAAAAAAAAAAAAAAAGACCCACCGUGCGUCAAUCGUUUUUUGCGGCGUCCCGAAAAUCGCGUUUAAUAGAUUAGAGCCCUUUAGAGCUUUAGGGACUUUUAAACGCCUCUAAAUCGUUCGCUUUUUCGAAUACUUUUCAUCGGCUUUUUCCUGGUGCUUUUUUGCCGUUUUCGAGUGCUUUUUUUGCGGAUACUAAACGCGUCCGAAUCCGAGCCCCUUGUUACUCAUCAUCCUCGCGCGCCAAGUAUAAUAUAUUUAUACGUAUUAUAAUAAUAAUCCGACGCUUCCCGUCCCGGCCGAGACAGUCGACCCCUUUGCAGCCGGGGAGUGGUAUAGGGAGGUGUUCCGUAAAUCGCGGAGUAAAUUGCACGCGUUAUCCGUACACAACUGGACGCGCGCAAUAUCGAUAACGGUUGUGUUGGUGUCCGCGCGUUUUGGCUAAAACGCGAAAAAUACAAAGAGUAUAAAAGACUGCAGUCGAUUUAUUUCACAGGAAAAAGUUUCGCAAACGAUUUCGGAAAUUAACAUUAUAACACUCCUCAGCCGCCGCCCGCCCCCACCCGUCUUUGCUGUUUUUUUGUUCUCACUCUCUCUCUCUCUCUCUCUCUCUAAACAUUAUACCUAUACAUUAUACCCACAUUAUAAUGCUGUUACAAUAAUAUAUUCUAUACAAAAUAUAAUAUGUUCCCGGAGAGCGUUUGGCCGUACCUAUACGUUUUAAGAUCUAGUCUUAGGAUAAUAUUACAAUAUUGUUAGUUUAGAUCGUAGUAUAUUAUAGAGGUAUAGAUCAAAAUAAGAUUCGAAAACAACAAAAUGCGUGUAAAAAUAUAUACUCAUUUUAAAAACUAUACG